AUGGUGGGCAUCCCGGGAACCUCCCAGUGUAAGGCGCGCCUCUUCUUCCCCAUUCCGGGGGUUGGCGGGCCCCUCCGGCUCGAGCGAGCGAACGAGCGCCGUCCCGCCCGGGAGAGCUGCCCCCGGGGCCCCGGGCGGGGAGGGAAGGAGGACUUCGAGGGAUGGGGCGCUUUCCUAUUACAGUUCCGUUAUGUCUUUCCCCUUUCUCAUUCUCCCAAACUCCCUUCUUGCAAGCGCUUCUUCUGCCUUCUCCCGUUCCCAAGUCAGAUCCUCCUCGCCUUCCCCUUCCUUAUCACGCUUUUCCAGGAGGCUUCUUGGCUUCCCAUCUGUGAUUCCUCUUCCUCCCCAUUUCUUACUCCGUGGGCUUCUUAUCUUCUGCAAGGUCUCGGGAUGCUUUUUUCUCCACCACUCCAGUUGUAUUUAACUUGGGGCCUCUUAUGCUUCUCUUACUCGCAUUUCGCUUAUUCUUCUUAAUUUCAUGUACGGUACUGAUCGUUUCAUUGGGAUUUAGAAGUGGCGCCUUCUGGAGGAGACCUUUAAUUUCUUUCCAUUUCCCUCUCGCUCUCUGUGCAGCUUUAUGUGUGUGUGGUGUCCGUUCGUUCCAUAAUAGGGGUGGUGGUAAGGUUUGUCUUAAAAUAAGUUAUAUUUUUGAGAAAUUUUAACCAUUCCCCACGCCCCUGACUCUUAAAGACUAGUAAAGCUGCCCUUUAGUACUUUGUCUGCAAUUGAAAGGAUUGUUGCUUCGUUGUGAUAAGUAGCAUACAUAAUAAAAGAUGAUAUUUUCUUUUUUACUAUGAGUGCAUCCCAGAAUUAGAAAACUGGAUUGUAGUGGUGUUCUAUAUAACUCUGUAUUCAGUGGAACUAUGUGUGCAGACCCAGCCGAUGCAAAGUAGUUAACUAAAGUUAUCAUGGUAGCAUAAUUGGGUAGAAUCUGCAUGUUUUUUGCAAACGUAUCCUUAGUAUACAGAAAUUGCAUAUGUCCUUUGGGGAAAGAAAAAGUAUAUAUUCAUCACUAUACUGCCCGUCUUAAUAUAAACUGUAGAAUGGCUUUGCAAUAGAAGUCAUUAGAAAAAAGUAAAGUGUUAGAUCCUGGAUGUGGGACACACACAAGAAAUGUGUUCUGCUUACAGUGCAGUUUACACUGUAAACCUUACUAUCUCAUGUUAUGGGUUAGGCCAAGGCUCUGAUUUUUAAAGUUUGAAUGUAAGGGAUGGGGAACGUCUGGUCCUCCAGCAGUUGAUGGACUCCCAGUCCCAUCAGCCCUAGCCAGCUUGACUAAUGGUCAGGGAUGAUGGGAGUUGUGUCUGUGGGAUGUCAGGAGUGCAGCUGACCCCCUAGAUAAAGUAAAACAGUAGAAAUACUUAACUGACCAAUUCACAGCUGUUUUGCCCCCUCCAGCAAAAAUCCUGGCUACGCCCAUGGUUGUGUCCCUUCAGGUGAUGUCGGGCUACAGCUUCCCCAUUGCUGAUGUAUAUGGUUACAUUAAAUAGUUUUUAGUGGCUCUCUGUGUAUAUUGAGUGUGUAUGUGUGAGUUUGCACUACUGAGGAACCGAAGAAGGUCAGUGAAUGUGCAGUUGUGAAGAACAGGCAGGUAGGAAGAAUACUCCUUGGUUUGGAAGGAACAUGCAUGUUGUUAAAUGUUUUAAGGCCCAGUGAAGAAUUGGGGGAUAUACAUCAAUAUGUUUUGGGCCUUCCUCUUGAUCCUUUAUCUUUGUCCCCUGCAGGAAAUUGCUGAACUAGAAUUUAUCAGUAAACAUGAAGCUAUUUGCUUAGGUCUCAAGUCAAAUGAGUGCUUUUAUUUCUCCCACUACAGGUGCUAAUAAGCAUAACAAAACUAGGAAGAUCACCUGUUAUGACUUUGAAAUAGUAGCUGUGCAUAUCUUGUAUGCCAGGGUUAGAGUCGAUGCCAGACGUUCAGGAUCUACUUUGGGUUUUGGUUUUUUAAAGCAGAACUGUAAGAUCCACCAGGUAGACCAGGUGUAAAAUAGUGGUUUGGGCAGGCAAACAUGCUCAUAAGAAUGAAGGAAUAGGGUGACAAGCUCAGCCCGUGAAUUCACUCCUGGUUUUCCCCAAGUGUUAUCUCUUUCAGCAAUUUUUAAAUAGUUUUUUUUUAGUUUUAGUUUGUUAGUUUUUGUUAGACCAUUGGAGUCAGAAAUCCUUGCCUGUCUACUGUAAAUUGCCCAGAGAUUUGCCAGUACAUUGACCCCAACUCUCCACGCACUCCUCUUGUAUACAUUUAAAGUUGCAUAAAAUUGUCAUAAACCCUCAUGCACACAUGCUAUCUGACAGUUGAUGGUAACACUUCACACAUCUGAGGAAUGAGCUCUAGUCCAUGCAAGUUUAUGCCACAGUAAAUCUGUUUGCCUUUAAGGGUACUGCUAUACUCUUUGUUUUUGCUACAGUAGACUUAACACAGCUACCCCUCUGGAACUUCUUAGCCACAUUCCUAAGCACUGCUUUCUGCAAUGCAUUUUCAGUUCAGUCAAGUCACAUCUGUUUCUCACUACCUUGCCUGUUCUGUCCCAACAUCCACAAAAACAUUCCCAUUUCUGUUGUGGCUUGCUUCACCAUAGUGUUUUUCUUUGUCCAGUAUUCUGAUCCAUAUGUUUUAAAAUAGCCCCCCCCCCCGCCCCCAUGCUAUGCAGGAGAAAUGUGUGCAAAGAGAAUUCAGAGAAUGGUAGUAAAAGACGAAGUGUGAGAGAUCCAACCAUCUCUUUUUAUCAGCACAUUUUCUUUUCAGGUUUGUGGGUGCUCCUAUUAUCAUCCUAGUGAAUUCAUUUUACUUAAGGUGUGCAUGAGUACUUUGAUGUUACUCUGUAACCCUCUUUGUCACUCUUUUUGCACCAUGGCUGCAUUUUCUAUAUUCGUGUGCUUUCCACAUGAAUUCUAACAGUUUUAUUUCUUGUUAAAAAACGGUUCUCUCCCCUGUCAUGAGUGAGUGGCUUGAGGCUCUCAGAGGUCUGAUUACGCGCCAAUUUCUCUGUGGCAUAGAGGUCUGGCUAUUCUCUGGUGUUUUGUUUCUGUUGGAAACAAGAUAGUGAACUUAAACUGUGGGUUUGGUCCAGCCCUUCCUGUUGACUAGCAGAUGGCUCCAAGUCUUCUUCGAUAACCCCAGAAAUAUCUUCUGCAAGAACCAUAGCCUAGUUUACUUUCUUAACCAACAUAUUAAAAAGUGUAUUUGCAAAUGGUUCUAAGAUGUUGGUGGUGGUGGUGAUGAUUAUUAUAAUAAUGUUUAAAAAUGCCGCAACCCCCUGAGUUGUUGCCAGUGUGGAGCUCUAUUUCUCUGUGUCAUCUGCGUUGGGUGAGGCUGGGCACAUCCUGGAUUACUGCUUGGACACAUUGGUAGGCUGGAUGAGAGCCAAUAAACUAAUGACAAGUCAAUGGUCCUGUGGUUGAGGGCUUCAUAAACCUGGCCAGAGGUUUUUCAACCUUUUUGCCUCCCUUGACCAACUACAAUCUUUCUGCGGCACCCCUGUGGGACCCAGGAACCCAAUUAUGUCACCCCUUGCCUGCAGAGCUGGCAACCUCUCACCCUUUUUCGAACACCCUCCCUUCCCUCAGCCUCCCCUCUGCUUGGGAGUCCUCUGAGCUGUCGCCCCUGUCUCUGAGCUGCCCCCCUGCCCCAAAGAGAGUUGCCUCCUGACACUGCCCCACAGGGGCCUGGGAAGCACCCCUGGCCAGCCCAUGAGGCACCAUUCGCCUGGGGUGCAACAAACAGCUGUGCAAGCCUUUGGGAGGCAGAGAUGCGAGAGGGCAUCAGAGGAGGGAGGGAAGGAAAGAGGGGCAGAGGCACACUGGUUGAAAACCACUGACAUAGGCUGUUCUACAUGAGGUUGCACUGCCUCUGAAGUGGCAGGUGCAUAGUUUGGGAGUACUCCUAGAUUGAGCAGUAUUACUGGAGGUUGAAGUGGCCUCUGUAGCUAGGAGCAUCUUUUGGGAUAACAGUUUUGCUAACCAUGAUCAGUAAGGUAAAGGUACCUCUGACCGUUAGGUCCAGUUGCAGACGACUCUGGGGUUGCGACGCUCAACUCGCUCUGUAGGCUGAGGGAGCCUGUGUUUGUCCGCAGACAGCUUCCAGGUCAUGUGGCCAGCAUGACUGAGCCGCUUCUGGCGAACCAGAGCAGCGCACGGAAACGCUGUUUAUCUUCCCGUCGGAGCGGUACCUAUUUAUCUACUUGCACUUUGACAUGCCUUUGAACUGCUAGGUGGGCAGGAGCUGGGACUGAACAGCAGGAGCUCACCCUGUCGCAGGGAUCCGAACCACCAGCCUUCCGAUCGGCAAGCCCUAGGCUCUGGUUUAGACCACAGCUCCACCCGCGUCCCUUGAUCAGUAAGGUACUGACAUUGUAUCUGUGCAAUGUCUUUCUUCCUGCCCCUUCCUCCUCCUCUUCAAAUGGGCUGUGCUGCUUUGAGGAAUGGGAAGAAGAAAAACCAGUGAAUCUUACUGGACUGUAAUGCAGCAAAGGACAUCUUUUUUGCGUUGUGUUUUCCUGCUGAGGAAAAGGAAGCAAUGUGUUAUUUAUUUAUUUACAUUUAUAUACCACCUUUAUCUUCCAAGGAACUCAAGGUGGUAUACAUGAUUCUUCUCCUCCCCAUAUCAUCCUCACAACAACCCUGUGAGGUAGGUUAGGCUAAGAGACUGUGACUGGCCCAAGGUCUCCCAGGUCAAAGUCCAGUACUCUAACCAUUAUGCCACACUGAACCCUGAACUGAACAGAAGUUGGGAGGUAGGUUAAGUAAACUUACCCAAAGCUAUCUAAUGGGCUUCAAAGCAGUGUGGGAAUUGGAAAUUCGGUUUCCUCUAUCGAAACUCAACAUUCUAUCCUCCUCAUCAGACUGGCUUAUUUAUGAGCCUUUUUCUGAUGACUUAUUACAUUGUAUUUUGGAAGAGAUAUGGAAAUGUAUUGUCCUCCCUUAAGAAUGUGGGAGUAAGUUUGGAAGAACAAAGUAAAUUACAUUCUCUUGAUUACAAUGAAUCCUGAUGCACUUGAAAAGAUAAUGCCUCUGGGCUCAGAAUACUGUCCUUUGUAAAAUAUUCAGAGGAAUAUAGAGGAAGUUGAAAUGUGUCUCACUUUGUGAUGGUUGUGCUGAUUGUAGAAACAGAAUCAUAGACUUAAAGAGUUGGAAGGGACUCUGAGGGUCAUCUAGGUCAGACUCAACCCCCUACAAUGCAGGAAUCUCAACGAACCUGCCUAUCCCUUGAAUAACAAUUUGUGGUUUAGAUGCAGGACCAUCAAUAGGAUCUAACUGUGUUCUUGACUGAAGGAGAUUGGCUACUUAAGGACAAUUACUUUUUAAAAAGGUGUUGCAAGUUCCUUAAGUGGCAUGCUGAGUUCAGGAUUAUACCUUUCUUGGGCGGGAUGGAGUGGGGAGGGGGUGAUGACCGUCUUCAGGGUUGGGAAACUGUGAUGCUAAUUGUGAAAAGCCCCUGAAUUUCAGUGGGUCUACUCUGAGUAAACCUUAGUUGGAUAGAACCCAUAUUGUUGAAUUAUUUAUAAGAAAAGCCAUUUGAUUUCUUCUGCAUUUCGGCUGUCUUGUUCUUUCAAUCUGCACUCCAAAAACUGUGAAGGCUGUCACCUCUUUAUAACAGAAGGUUUAAGUCCUAUGAAUAACAAAGAGUUUUCCAUUUAGCACUUAGGCUAAAUGUUGCUUACCUCUUGGUAGCCAUUUUUCUAAACCAAAAAAUGUAACUUUUUCUGGAAGGAUCUUUAUUCCAAACUGUGAUAAUUUUGGUCAGUGCAGUCUCCUUUUAAGUAUAUAUAAAGUUUAGCCGAAGUUAUAAUUCUAACUCCAGAAAUGCAGUGAGUGUACAUUAUAAGUAGGGAUGUUACUUCAACUUUUAAGAUCUAAUAGAGUCAAUACAUUGAGUUCAUGCAGUUCAGCUGCUUGACCUGCUGAUAAUGGUUUUGUACUAAGAUAGACCUAUUGACUUUAAUGUUUUGUUGGUAUUGAUAAGGGGGGGAAAGAAGACUAUUAAACCUGGCUUACAGGUUCAAAGAGCCAAAAUAUCAAUUUUGUACAAAGGUCUUGUCUUCUGUAGAAAGGAGCAGCAAUCUGUACUAGAUUAAUAUUCUUUAGAUCCAGGAAUAUUCUUCUUCUUGAAGGAACAGGACUCCCUGAUCUAGCUAUGGUUCCCCAGCUAUGACCACUCCUGGACACAGAAGAUCUGGCCACAAGUUAGUCAUCCUCUUGUAACAUCCCAUCUGCACAGCUGGCAAUGUUUCCCUUUUUUAAAGGGAAAUUCCCUUAUUCCGAAUAGGAUUCCUCACAAGAAAAGGGAAAAGUUGACAGCUAUGCCCAUCUGGGUUAUUGCAAUGUGUUAUAUAUAAGGCUGCCUCUCAAAAUGGGUUGGAAGCUUCAGUUAGUGCAGAAUGCAGCCACCCAAGUUUUGACUGGCACAACAUGCUUGGCUCACAUCUUGCCUGUUUUCAAAGAAUUUCACUGACUACCCAUUUGUUCCUGGUCCCAUUUCAAAGCCUGGUGCUUAACUAUAAAAGCCUAAAUGGCUUGGGACCGUAGUACAGUGGUACCUCAGGUUACAUACGCUUCAGGUUACAGACUCUGUAACCCAGAAAUAGUGCUUCAGGUUAAGAACUUUGCUUCAGUAUGAGAACAGAAAUUGUGCUCCGGCGGUGCAGCAGCAGCGGGAGGCCCCAUUAGCUAAAGUGGUGUCUCAGGUUAAGAACAGUUUCAGCUUAAGAACGGACCUCUGCAACGAAUUAAGUUUUUAACCCGAGGUAAUAUUUCUGGGUUAGCGGAGUCUGUAACCUGAAGCGUAUGUAACCUGAAGCGUAUGUAACCUGAGGUACCACUGCACUUGAAGGAGCAAUUCCUUCCAUACCAACCUGCCUGCAUACUAAGGUCAUUGACAAGUAACUUUGGCCCCAUCUGUACUAUACAUUUAAAGCAGCAUCAUACUAAUUUCAACAGUUCUGGCUUCCCCGAAAGUAUCAUGGGAACUGUGCAGUUUGUUAAGGGUGCUGAGAGUUGUUAAGAGACCCCCUUUCCCCUCACAGAACUGAAGUUUCCAGAGUUUCCUGAGAAGAGGGGUUGGUUGAUAAACCACUCUGGGAAUUGUAGGUCUGUAAAGGAAAUAAGAGUUGUCUACCAGCUCUCAACACCCUUAAUAAACUACAGUUCCCAGGAUUCUUGGGGGAGGGGGAAAGACAUGACUGUUUUAAGUGAUAUGAAUACUGCUUUAAAUGUAUAGUACAGAUGGGGCUUUCCUCUAUAUAAACAUCUCUGCUGGAGAUGAGGCUUGCAUAAAAAGGGGCUGUUUUGGUAGUGGUCUGUCCUCCAUGGAAUUAACUAUGUGCAGAACCAACUUUGCUAUCUUUUAGGUGUUGGGUACCCACUUUUUAUUAUUCAUGCAAGCAUUUAAAAACAUUUCCACUAUUUUAGUUUUUAAAAUACUUUUGUAAUAACCGCCCCCCUGCUACGUCUGGCAAAAUGUCUUGAAAUACGUAGCAUUUCUUUUUAUUUAGAUUUAUAUACUGCCCUGUCUCUGGUAACAAUUUCUUGUUCAUUGCAAUAACCCUGGUCGGUUGCCAGUAUUCUCCUUGGAAAUUGCAAACUGCAUUGGGCAGGGAUGGGUUUUACAGUACUUCUAAAAUACUUAAUUGAUUUCAAGCAGUAUAAAAUAAUAGCAGAUGCAAGGUGGUGGUGGGAGAUUAUUUGCCUAGGCUUCCUACUAAACGUUGAUUCAGGGAGGUACAGAAAGGAGCAAGUGAAUCAUCUAGUCCAACCCCCUGCAAUGCAGGAAUCUCAGCUAAAGCAUCCAUGAUGAUGAACAGUUGCUCUGACUUUGGAUCUUGGCACUCCACCUACUGCCAUCAUAAUAAUAUCUUACUGGGUGUUGGAUCUGAAAUCUAACUGGCAGAUUAAAAUGUUAGUAUUUUCCAUUUCUCCACUGAUCCUUUAAGAAAUAGCUAGCUUGAGUAAAUGUUUUGCAUGCUUUACUGAGCCGAAAUGUUUCAUCUGAAAUACAGUGGAGAAAUCCUCCUGGCACUCUAAAUGCCAAGUUACAAUGUCAGCAGAGCGGUCUUAAUGUUGGGCUUUAUUGGACAAUAUAUGUUCACUCGAUAUCAUCAGUGUGUUCUUCUGCUCCUUGCUUACUUCGUUUCUCUUUAUGGUCUCUUAGGAGGAGGUGGACUCCUCCUUCAUUGCCCUGCGGAUCACAGGAGCUCGAUACACUUCACAGGAAACACUGACUUGGUUCACAUGCCGUGCUAAGCUAAACUAUGGCUUAUUGCAAACCCGAAUGAAUAGGUUCCCAGAGAGGAGGUGAUGGGUGCUUUGCUCCUCCCUGGUGAUCCUGCUGCCCUGGACUAAGCCUUUUGGAACAAGCAGAACACGAGCUUAAUCAUCUUCUCCCAGUUUCAUCCCCCAGCAACUGGUAUGCUGAGAUGUAAUGCUUAACAACCAUGAUACUGGAGCUAAUAUAUAGCCACAAAUGACAAGUGGCUAUUGAUAGACAAAUUCAUGGAGGAUAAAGCUAAUUCCUUUUGAAAACUGUCCAAGUUGGCAGCUAUCACUGUAUCUUGUGGUAGCAAAUUCCACACUUUAUUGAACCUCAUCAAGGCUGUGGACUAGCUCCUGGCUGGCAGACUUUUCACAAACCCCAUGGAAGCUGCGUUAGGUUUGCCAAAUGAAGCGUGAGAGAUAAUUAUUCUCCCCUCUCCCCUUUCUAUUCUGUCACACUUUGAAAGGUAACUGUACCCAUUUCUUCCCCCCUCUUGUCUCUUAAGCCAUUUCCAUGUGUGUCUCUGGGCUUUGGGGCCUAAAGGGUCUUGCCUCACCUCUUUUAAUCCUAGAGCAGACCAUAAUACUCUCCAGGGUGCAGAACUGAGCUUUAUCUGGUGACAUCACUGGCUUUUCUGGCAUUCCAAAAACCGAAACAGUAACUCGUGCUAAGCUUGUUUUAUCUCUGGCCAUGUUUUUUUGAUUAAAGACAAAGCUCAGUAAAUAUUUUUUAAAUGAUUGAAUUUUGAAACUAUGGAAAACACAUGUUGGUAGUCGGACAUGCUGAACGCCAUGUGUGAUCAGCCCCAUGCCCUCUUUGUGAGCUUAGGAGUGUGAAUGUAGAUCUGAGAGCUGUGGGUGACAGGUUUAUCUGGAAUGAUUGGCAAGGAUUUAUAAAGCAAGAGGGGAUUUACUUACUUAUGCACCCUCCCCUCCUUUCCUCUUCCCCUCCUUUCCUCUUAUUCUCAGAAAAAGGAAAUUGGGAUCACAUUAAAGGCCUAAUUGGUUUGGCUCCAGCAAAUAGCUCAGCGGCUGCCAAACAGUUAAUUUAUUGUGUGAGAGUUUGGCCAUGUGUUGAACAGCAAAUUUGUCCUGAGCGAAAAAGAUCUUUGUACACUGUACAUGUAUUCAUUCAACAGACCCCCUUUUUACAAGUGGACUGUUGCACAGGCCACAAGGGAAAUGUAAAAGACAAUACCUGGGCCUGUUUUACAUAACACUUAGAAUCUGACAAAACCCAGUCUUUCAAUCUUCAGCGAGGCUUGUCUGAGAAAGCGGGCAAGUAGUCACGGUCUUCUUGAGCCCUGGGCUCCUUGGAAAUUUACCCUUUUCAAACAGGUCAAAGAGAUGGUGAUUCCAUCCAACUAGCUUAGAGAGAAGAUUUAUGCUGCUGAACCAUUUAUAGGUUGCUUGUUCUUUGGGGCAAAUUCUGAUUCUGACAUGGAUUUUGACUGAAAUUCACUGGGGGAAAUAAUAUAUCUAUGCUGAAAACAACAGGAUUCUCCCGGCUGUCACCUCAUGGCAGAGCCAGGUGGAGAGAUCCUCCACCCAGCUCCUGCUGGGCAUUUUCUCUCUCUCAGAGUUAUGAGGAAGGGUGAAUUGGAAUGCACUCUUAUCUGGCUGGCUUCCUGCAUAACUUUUCUUUGUUCUUGCCAGCCAUCCUGUACUUAUGAUGGACUGGUCGUGGUGUUGGUGUGUGCUAAUAUUAGGUUGCAAGCAUGAGUUGUGUUCUGUUGGAUCUAUUCUCAGUGUCUGAUGCCACAGAAUUUUGGAAGAAAGGCUCAAAAUUUCGCAAUUGCUCUAAUUCAUGAAACCCCUAUAUACAUAAAAUGUAAAAUUUUUUAGCUUAGUUUUCAGCAUUAAAACACAGCCAUCUGAAAAUAUAUUUAUUUCUCGUUUGCCUUUGGAUUGAAUAUUGUGUUGUGGAAAUAUUUCCAAAGUGCUAAAUCAUGUCUGAGAUGUAAUUUAUGGUUUUUCACCGGUGAACAGCUAACAUUAUGUUACAAGGCUGCUUCCAGAAAACCUGAAACGGUAUCUUUGCUUCUGAGCUCUAUAGCAUUUGUGUGUCAAUGGCCAUUUACCCUUGACUUGGCACAACUUUUUAAAGAUCAGUGAUCUGAAAGUUCUCAGGAUUAUAUGAGUUCUUUAAAGCCCACGAAAAAGGCACUUGUGGCUGUGGCGAAUAGGAACUAGGAUUUGCAACUGUGUGGCAGGGUAUUUGACAAACUAUAGUUGCAUCUGCGUCAUAGCACUGCUAGAGUGUGUCAUGAAUUUGUUUGAUACUCAGACUCAGUGGGAUUGCUUAGCAGAUGUAGGUCUGCCUACUUUCAGUGGAAAUGGUGUACUGCCCAUUGUGUGUGGUGUGGCACUUCAGAUUGUUUGGAGCAGCUUCUAUGCGAUUCCCAGAUGGUCUCUGGCUUAGCAACUCUCAGAGCCAGGCUUGUAUAGCAUGGGUAGGCAAACUAAGGCCCGGGGGCCGGAUGUGGCCCAAUCGCCUUCUAAAUCCAGCCCAUGGAUGGUCCAGGAAUCAGAGUGUUUUUACAUCAGCGUGUUUGAACUCUUUUGUUGGAAUUCUAGUCAUCUUAAGUUGAGCCGCUGAGGCAAAAUAAGCCCCUAAGACUUAUAUCUAAUGAAGCCUUGAUUUUUGUUCAAGUCUAGUAUUUUGUUCAAGUCUGCUGAAUCUGGAAGUCCCAGUGUUCUUACGAAAUCAUUAAAACGUUCCUCCCCUCCCCUGUUUCCUCUGGAGGUGCUGUUACAUUAGCAUUAAUGUAGCUGAAUGCUAAUGUGGCUGGAUGCUAACCAUCUUUUGUGGGGAACUGUAGGGAGGAAGAUGAGAUCAAGCUGUUGAACUUCUUUGUAGGCAGGCAGAUUUUGCUGAAGGCCACCUGGGGCUGCCACAUGUUCUUCUGACACACAGGCUGACACACUCAGCAUGCGCCAGUUUUUAAGUUUGCAGCAACGCCAUGCAGAAGUCAUUUCUUUGUCCAGAAAGGCUGAGAGUGUUUUGAGGCAAGCAAACUGAUGAUCAGCAGCAUUCACACAUAACAGUCCUCUCCAAACUUCCUCCUUUGGUUCUACUCCAGAGCUAAAUGCAAUUAAUUUCAAUUAAUUAAAAGGUUUUAAUGUUCAUGGCUGAAGAGGGGGGGAAAACAACUUGUGUGGUCAGAGAGCAACCAGGUGUAAUGCUUCUACACCUGUGAAUCUUUGAGAGUUGCUUCUUAACUGGAUUUUUUACUGUGACAAGUUAUAUUCUCGAAGUCAGGAAUUUCUUCAGAUUCUUUCCCCCAUGCUCUUGAAAAGAAGGUGAUAUACAACCAAAAAAACCCCCAACAUUGAACAGAAACAACUGCCUUGGUAAGUAAUAAAAUGAAAUCAAUAAAGUAAAAACAGGAUUUUAAAAAAGAUGCUAGAAACCUGUCUCCUCUUGCCAGUUGUGUUUUCUGGCCCAGAUGUUAAGCAUCCCAGUUGCUUAACUUUGGAGAAAGGAAGUGACAUGCAUCAAGCUUGUUAAUGGCAGUGCCAGCAGUGUUCAUGCCCCUGCUUCCCUUUCUACCAGAGCACUGUUGUAGAUAUGGCUCCCUUUAGGGUACAAUGCUUUUUAAUUAGUGCCUCUGCCGCUGUAAUGUAUUAAUGAAUCAAUUGAUAAGUUGUUGCAAUUGAUCGACUAAUUCCCCCCCCCCAGCUGUAUUUAAACUGCAUUUUUGACAAGAAAUGGAAAAAAAGCCUGACUAAUUAUUUGCAAACGCUAAAUGGCUUAUAGGAGAUUAGGAAUGGCAUAUGGAGCGUUUCACUUGGAGGUCACUGGAUCAGCUGCAGCCCAGGUUGGCAUUGAUGAAGUUAUUACCAUCUGACAGCUGUUUACUGGCCUGUGUGAAAUGAAUGGCUGGUUUUAGUCUAUUUCCUAUUGGACAGGUGUCCCUGCCACAGUUGGUCCCCGUACUUGGCAGUCUCUGCAGUGAAACCAGGGAUGAUUAGGCUGCUCAAGCUGGGCACUCCUUGGGCUCCUUGAGGCAGAACGCUCCAACUGUAUUACUGGUGCCAUCUGAGGCGUCACAGUGCUAGACUGUGCUAUGCUCCGUUUUGUGCUGUCAGAGAGCAGUGUGGGCCUUGCACACUUUUGUAAAAGACUGAGGAAAUGUAGAAAUAGGUAGAAAUAGGCAGUGAAACUGCAUGCCACGAGUGCAAAAUCGCUCGGAAGUCAAGUAACUUUAUCCUCAAAAGUGCAUAAGCUUCUUGGUCACUGUGGGUCUUCGAGUGCUCAAGAGGUUCCUUCUCCCAUGCUCAGAGUCAGUAAUCUCCAGACCAUCAGACGGCUGGCUGGUAGAGGAUGCAAUGUGAGCUGCAAGACGAGUCUUUCACAGCCUCCACUGUCACAUGGUGGGGACGAUUACCUGUAUAUGUUCUUACCAGUGUUCAAAGCAAGACUUGUGCCUCUUGUGCUCCUGUCUUGACCCAGCCAAGGAGCUUCUCAGGCUCCAAAAUGCCAGAGAGGACACUCAGGAGCUCGUGCAGAGUGCCAUUGCCUGGUCGUUAUCAGAGGCAGCAAGGUGGGGAUCCUAUUACCCUGAUACUCCAAUUUUUGCACUUGUUGCCUAUGAGAUACCUGGAUGGUGGCAUGCGAAAGGGCAUUUUUGGUACCGGCCACCAGAUAUGGAAGGGACGCGGGUGGCGCUGUGGGUUAAACCACAGAGCCUAGGACUUGCCGAUCAGAAGGUCAGCGGUUCAAAUCCCCGCGACGGGGUGAGCUCCCAUUGCUCGGUCCCAGCUCCUGCCAACCUAUCAGUUCGAAAGCAUGUCAAAGUGCAUGUAGAUAAAUAGGUACUGCGCUGGCGGGAAGGUAAACGGCGUUUCCGUGUGCUGCGCUGGUGCUCCAGAAGCGGUCAGUCAUGCUGGCCACAUGACCCGGAAGCUGUAUGCCGGCUCCCUCGGCCAAUAAAGGGAGAUGAGCGCCACAACCCCAGAGUCGGCCACGACUGGACCUAAUGGUCAGGGGUCCCUUUACCUUUACUUUUACUUUACCAGAUAUGGAACUCUCCCAUUUUUUUCCUUCAGCUGUUUUAAAACUUACUGUAAACACUUCUUAUUCUGCCAUGACCUUGGGCUGCACAAUUUCCCCAUGCUCAUUCUGUUGCUUGUUAUGAUUACUUUGCAUAUCAGUGGAUUUGAUUGUUUUUAUAAUUUGCAUCGUUAGGUGGCCUGUAUUCCCAUUGGGAGGAUAGGAAGGAUAUAAAUUUGUGGAAAUAAAUAGAAAUAGCAUUGAUUAAGUCAACCUGUUUCUCAAAAGCAGCUUACCCAAUAUAAUUAAAAGGCUGGUAUGAAUGAGGAAAUGUUGCUGUAAACACUGAAGGUGAGAGAAGGUGCAGGAGCACUUUUUUAAAAAAAGGCUAUCUAGGAAAUACUGCCACACAGUUGCCUGGGUCACAAAUGGUCUUCAAGUUGCCAUGGGUCUGAGUUGUGGUUAUAUUGUAUGGUUUUACAUUCCAUAGAGGCUUGUCAUUUGAAAGUUGUUUUGUGCUAGAAAUGCUAGUUUCUAGUUUGUUUGAUACGUAUUUAGACCUGCUGUUUGUUUUAAAACUAUAGAAGUGCUGUAGUUUGUUUUGCAGGUAUCUGCAUCACUGCUGCAACAGAAUUGUUGUGUUCUGUCAACAGAUAGCAUUCAUUUAUAUAUAUAUUUUAAAUAAUAUAUAUAUAUAUAUGAGAGAAAGAUUGAAAGAGUUAUUGGAACAGGAUGGUGUAAGGAAAGUCAACAUGCAGUUACUGACACCUACUUCCUAUGGGGAAAGGAAAGAGAAUGGCUGCAGAGGAAAAGCGAGACUGCAGACAAGAGUGGCUGAUUCCCAGAUCUAUAAACAGAAGGGAGAGGUGGAAUAAGGGCAAAGAAGGAAGGACAAAAUGCACAUUAGUUUACAUUAAACUAAGCUAAUGGAUAGGGAUGGUGCCAAAUCCUCCCAAUAAAUUGCACAUUAAUUAAUAUCUCCUGUGCCAGCCACGCAGUCUGGAAGAGAUCCUGUAAUUCUCCUUUUGACCUCUGCUCCCUUCUCCCCUGGCCAUUCUGGCUUUUGAUUGGUUUCCUGUCUUAAGUGAAAACCACAACCUUUCAGGCCUCCUCUAAGGCAGAAUGAAAGGCACAUGGUGGUGGUGUAAGAGGAGCCCCUCGCAGUCGUCUGCGCUUGGGUGGGCGUGCUGGUCCUUCGUAAACUAAUAGCUCCCAGCACUGUUGCUGAAUCAGACUUCAUGGAGCCACGAGUGGAGAGCUUGGAAUGCCAGGCACAAAAAGGUCUGUCUUUUUUCCUCCCCUGGCCAUAUUCAUUCUCUCUCUCUCUAUAUAUAUAUGCACACUUAUAUUUGGUGAUACUGUACAAAUUGGAAGGUUGUGAUCAGUGAAAGGAUGAGAGGGAAGCAUUCCAGUAUUGAACCUGCAAAUUAAAUUUUUUUUGUUUGAAUAAUACAAUAUUGGCUGCAAGGAGGAUCACUAUGUAAAUUGUUGGAAGAGCCCCUUAAAACCGAUACUAACACACUCAUAGAAUAACAGUUUAAUCCUGUACUUAAAGUCCUUUAAAAUUUAAUGGGGCUUCAUCCUGGGUAAGUCAGUAUAGGGUUGCAUCCUAAGUUGGUUUUUGUUUAAAUAUAAAUACAGGAUCUGCUUAACAAAAGCACUGAUCAAGAUGUAAUUCAACAGCAGUCUUCUGGCACCUUAGAAAUUAGCAAAUUCAUUAUGGUGUAGUAAGCUUUCUUGAACAGCACUGCAUGCAUGAGGCGUUACCCUGAAUACACAGUUUGGGUUGUUUUUCCUAGUGGUGGGGGGAGAAGAGAGAGCUGCCUUUAUCUUUACUUUCCUUAUUUCAUUUUCUCUGGACUUUUUCUAUCUAUCAUUCCCACCUCCCCACAACCAUGCAUACGUGUGCCUGCCACCAGAUAACACUUCAUGCCUCCAAUGAAGUUGAUUAAACGGUGGUACCUCUGGUUAUGAACUUAAUUUGUUCCGGAGGUCCGUUCUUAACCUGAGGUACCACUUUAGCUAAUGGGGCCUCCCACUGCCGCCACGCCACUGCCGCACGAUUUCUGUUCUCAUCCUGAGGUAAAGUUUUUAACCUGAGGUACUACUUCCGGGUUAGCGGAGUCUGUAACCCGAGGUGUUUGUAACCUGAGGUACCACUGUAGUCCACAAAAGCCUAUGCCGCAAUAAAUAUAUAGGUCUCCUGGAGCCAAAACAGUAAAGACUAAGCACAUUUACUUAUUUGUACCAGUGCACAUUCUGCUUCUCUUCUGCAUUACAGCUUAUGUGAAGACCAUCCGCACACCUCGAAAAUAAUGUAAGGGAAACUUAGGUGUUAUUUUUAAUGUGUGUGAAAAAUGUAUUUAGGUUUAAAGCUAAAAAUCUGGAGAUUCGCACCAAUGUUAUUGUGUCACUAGUAGUGAAGGCAGCUUGAAACUAGAAUUUUAUAAUUCGUACAUUCGAAACACCAAGCCUUCCAGUUGUCAUUGGACUCUAAUUCUAGGAGUCCAGUGGUGAGAGUUCAGAGGGGUUGUAGUGCCACCAACAUCUGAUUCUUCACUCCUCUCCUAUCUUGUUCAGACAGCUAUUCAGCCAAAGACUUUUUGUUGCCUUGUUUUGUGGUUCCACAAAGGUAUGAACUCCCUGUUGUCAUGCAUAACAAAUUGCUGCAUUGGAGUAAUUAACCACAGAAGCAUCUUUCUCACUACUAACAUCCUCUCCCAAGUAAGGUCUUAAGCUGUUCAUCUGAUCACUCCCCCCACCACCCUUGAUUUAGGCACAGGUGGGACUGAAGUUUGGAACUUAGUUAUACAAAACUCUAAUAUUACAUUUACCUGUUAUUUUUGUUUGUUUAACAAAAUUUACACACCACUUCAUUGUAGCAAAACCUCUCAACAGUUUACAAGAUAUUUAUAAAUUACGAUUCUAUCAUCGUAGUUAAAAAGAUUUAUAAAUAAUUAAAAGUAACAGCAGAAAAGGGCAAAAUAUGUAAAUGUUUGCAUGUUGUCUAAAUAAAGUUAGGCAACAAAGUAUAAGGUUGCCUAAAUAGUGUUUUAAGCUUGCACUGAAAAGGGUUGUAGAAGAUAGGUUAUUCAUAUAUCUACAUGAAUAUGCAUACAGGUCUGAUGAAAUGAACUUUCUUGCUGUGAGCUCAUCCAAAGAGGCCCUGUUUUAUCUCCCUUGGAUUAUCUGAAAUAGAGUAAAUGUCCUUGGAAGUUGAGGCCUUUUUUGAUAGUGGCACCUAGGCUCUGCAAAGCCUCCCUUUGUGGAGCCGUUUGGUUCCCUCUGUGCUAAGUUUUAGACAUUACUGCUAUUUCAGAGGAUGUUUAGGAUCAGUGAUUUAUAUUCAGUUUCAGCCAUGUUUGGAGUAGACUUGUAAUUAUUGCGUGUGACAAGAUAGGUCCAUCAAUUUCAGUCAGUUUACUCUGAGUAAAACUUAGUUGGAUACAACCCAAUACUGUAUUUAUUUAAUGUGUGGUUAGUGUUACAAAUCAUCAGUUUUUUUGUUUUUGCUUUUUCUGCUGUUGUAUUGUUGGCUGGCUUAUUUAUUUUUUAAUUGGUGACAAUAUUUUUUCCCUUGGGGAUUCUUAUUGGACAGAAGAGUAGAACAUAACUAUCUAAUUCAGGUUGCAAUUUUUAAUAUUUCUCCUUUUCAAGUAAUAGUUCAGGAGGUGGCUGCUUUCUUUCCCCAUAUCCUGCAGCUGACAAUUCUCUGGCAGUAUCGAGGUUUGAGAGUAAUUAAUUUGUUUGCUGAAACUUCAAGUGUAAACUGAUCCCAGUUUAAUUAAUGGUAUCCAAUAUCCUAAGCAGUAUGACAGACCAUUUCCAAAUUAAAGGUAAAGGUACCCCUGCCCGUACGGGCCAGUCGUGUCCGACUCUAGGGUUGUGCGCCCAUCUCACUUAAGAGGCCAGGGGCCAGCGCUGUCCGGAGACACUUCCGGGUCACGUGGCCAGCGUGACGAAGCUGCUCUGGCGAGCCAGCACCAGCGCAGCACACGGAAACGCUGUUUACCUUCCCGCUAUGAAGCGGUACCUAUUUACCAGUAUCUACUUGCACUUAGGGGUGCUUUCAAACUGCUAGGUGGGCAGGAGCUGGGACCAAAAGACGGGAGCUCACCCUGCCGCAGGGAUUCGAACCGCCGACCAUGCGAUCGGCAAGUCCUAGGUGCUGAGGUUUUACCCACAGCGCCACCCGUGUCCCAUUUCCAAAUUAAUUUCCAAAUUAAAACUGUUCAAAUGUUGAACCAAUGCCUGGAGGUGUGAGACAGACAUGUUGGAGGUAGUCAUAUUCUAGAAUAGGGUUCCAAACUGCUUCUUUCAAGGGGAGCACUUUGUUCUUUUCUAUUAUUAUUAUUAUUAUUAUUAUUAUUAUUAUUAUUAUAUUCCCAUUUCACAGUUCUGAUUGCAGCAACAGAGGGUCAGUUAGCAUUUAUUCAUUAGACCUUAUUUGGCCUUCGGUAGCUGAUGUAAGUAAAAAAACAGCUCCUUUUCCCUUAUGGGGUACCCAAGAGCCCAUAUCGAGUCCUUUUGUAAGUUCUCUAUCGGUAGGAGAAAAUAACAGAGACCAACCAGAGAAUAUUGAGAAGCAAAGCAGCUAGUGAGCCUGAUCUUUAUUAACUGUUGCAAUAGGGUGCUCCCCCACAUGCAGGAGAGAGGAGGACCCCGAGCCAUGCGUGCAAGCCCUUAUAUAGACAUUUUAAAUUGCCCGCCCUGUAGUCCAAGACCACCCCCAGAAACAUCAUACAUCACAGAAGGGGUGUAGCCCAAGACCACCCCCCAGAUACAUCAUACCUACAUCACAGAAAAGGUGGUCUACAACAGAAAUCUGAGUGUGUUGUUUAUCUCCUGUCUGGCAAGUUACCUGAUUGCAUUAUCUGUGUUUUGGCCACUCUUUUGUUAUUAUAACUACUUAAUUCCUGAAUCUAGGCCACAGGUCACAGGCUCACACCCUGUUCAUAUCUUGAAUGUGCCCUUAAGACAGGAUUUGUGAGGAAAGAGACAAUGGGGAGGUUUCCCACUUUGACCUUGCAGAGAAAUAUUUGAGGUCAAUUUGUUCAGGACCUAAUCUGUGGGGUUUCAUACAUUUUUAUAUAUGACCUUAAAAUUCUUCUAACAGUAGCCCUACCAAAUCUUAACUGAAAUGUAGUGUGGGGUGGCGAUUCAGGAGUUUUGUUCAGAAGCAGUGAAAUUGCUUUCUGAACACACGUGCUUUAUUUGUAGAACCCUUACUGCAAGAUGGUCCCAGCUAUUGCACAGAGCAGGAGUCUUUUUGAAUAGGUCAGUUUGUGUAGCAGAUUAUUCUUCAGGUGCUGGAUCAGGGUCAGAAGUGUAAAAAUGCCCCCUCAGCAUUUGAUUUAUGUUGUUUAAAUACUCACAAAAGUUAUAAAGGAGAGACCUACUUGAGCUUAUGCUAUGAGGAGAGGAGUGGCUAUCAUACCACAGCAAAAUUGACCCUGCAUCCCUAAAUCAGAUUGCUUAAGAAACAGUCUGACAGCAGCUUGUUGUAAAAGUGUCGAGAGUAUUCAGUUACAUUGCACACUGUCUGAGUCCGUUAAAAUCAAUGGGGCAUGGAUUUCAUUGCAUGCUUACUUGAAGUUAGGAUAUACUCUCCAGUAAUUCCAUAGGGUUGCAGCUUUCCCCUCCUCUUAACUGCUGCUGUGCUGGUAUUAACAUAUUAAUAGCAUGCUGACUCAUGCAUACUGAGUAAUUAUACCUGUACAGGUCUUCCAAUCUGAGGCAUUCGUACUGAAUAGAAGUUAUUUCCCCAGGCAGAAAAUACUUCUGGUCUUUCACAGCGAACCAUUUGUGGACAAUGUUUUCUAUUUGUGGGCAGAAAGUCAGGAGAAGCUAUCCCUUCCAUGACCUUACACCAGACCUUCCUGUGUUUGCGGCGUUUCACUAUCACAAUGAGGCUUCUAAACAUGUUUACCCAGUGCUCUUAAAACUCUCCUUCACACCCCCUCUCUCAACACAGGAAGGUCUGAAGUGCAACUAGAAUGGCCUGGGUCUCUGGAGAUGGGGUUUUCAUGCUUGCCCCAUUGUGUUUGCCCGAAGAGGACUAAUGAUUCUUGCAUUCCAAAGAAAGAGGGCAAUAAAGGUGUAUUUAAAGCUCAUCAGCCAGGAAGGUGGUCUCUAUCACUUCCCUACUUUAGUGGUAUGGAUCCUAAUAAAUGUUGUAAGUACAUCAAUGGUACACCAAUGUUGCCUCUGCACUGGAUCAUCUUAUGCUUUAGCUUUAAAAAAAAGUGAGGGGGAGAUGCGACAGGGAGGGGUGAAAGGAAGUGGGUACCAUUUAUCUCAUGAUAUGGAAAGUCCUGUAGACCCCACAGCCUGUUUAUAGCAUGGGAGGGCAAAGGACAAGCCCAUGCUAGGCAAAGUGCUGGGAAGAUAUCCAAUGAGUGUUUGCUAUUGCAUUCCUAAAUAAUCUCCAUGCCAGUGGCAGCAUUUUGAUAAAUGCUAAUAGUUAGAGACCUCUUUCCAGGGUAAAAGCUAGCAGCAAAAGGGGAAGGGUUGUAUGACAACAUCACAGUUAACAAAAGCCAGCACAAGUUCAAGUUCUGUGGAAAUUGUGGAAAUGGCCUGUGAUAGGUACAGAAAUUCUGGCUUAAAACUCGGAAACCACAUCGAGGAUGCAGAUAUGAAUAGUCUUCUGUGCUCAAAACUUUGGUUUUCCUAGCUUGUUGCAUGGAAAUUUCUUACAUGAAGAAAAUAAAACAGCUUCAAAGCAUUUUCCCGGUCAUUGCAGGCAGUAUUAUUUCUUUCCACUGAGCUGUUGCUGUCUGGGUUGCAAAAUCCUGGCAUUGGCUGCUCCUCCUCCAAGCUGGUUUGCUGCCUCAUUUUUUUUCCUGUGAGAAGCUUGCUGUGUUAGAAAGUUCAUAUGCCGAAUGCCCUAAAUCUGUUUCCUCUGUGGGAGGUUUGCUGAUGAGGAUAACCGUUUAGGACUGAAUCGGACCAACCUCAAGCUUAUAGGAUCUACCUUUUGUUUUUCAAACUAGAACUCUAGGAUCAGCCAACUGGAACUGGUACCAAAAAUGGCAGCUGGAGAGGGGAGGAAGAGCUGAUUACAAUGGAUUCCUGUACCUUGUAAACCAUAAAUUGGGGAAACCUUGCUAUAACAAGUACAAAUUCAUUUCUGAGUUGCUGCAGAACUCUUAACAUCAGACCUAAAAGGGCACCAGGAGAACAUAAAGAUGUGAUCACAGGUAACCAACCAAGUAACAAUUACUAUUUUAUAGAUGAGGAACAUUGACGCUAGUGCAACUAAGCAAUGCCAUACACCAUAGAUGGGGAACAGCGCUCCAGAAAACUGCUGGAGUCCAACCCCCAUCAGUCCCAACAAGCAAGGCAAGUGCCCAGGGCUGAUAGGAAUUAUAGUCCAACAACAUCUGAAGGAGCCACAGGCUCUCCAUUCUUGCCAUACACUAAGGACAUUUAUUCUCUAAAAGAGCCUGUGGUAAUCAAGUAAGUGUGAAUCUUUGAAGGGAAGGGUAAACUCACAUAAUUGUUUUUGAAGGCUGUUUCAGAUGUUACUUAGGAAUGCCACCUUCACAAUUUGGAGUUGUGGCCACUACCAGCUGCACUAUGAGUGUACCUGCAAGACACAUGUAUUUGCCAGUGUGUGCAUGUGUGUGCUCAAAUUAAAACGUCUAGUAAUUUAUAGGUUCGUUUGGAAAAAGGAGUAUGUGAAGCAGCCCAAAGAAUCAGCUAUCAUGAAGGAGAUGAGCCCAUCACAUUUCGACGGGCACAUGAACAUUGCUCUUGAACCCUCAACAGCUGCCUGACAGGCAGAAAUUCAACAGAUGCAAGUGCUUUAUUACAGCUCUAUGUUGAUGGAAGCAACUGUUGGAUGGGGGUAGCUACUUAAGCUAUUUAAUAAGGAGCAAUAUAAUUCCCAGUUUGCUUGAAUAAUCCAACUAAUAGAUUCUUAGUGUGUUGCAGCUUCAUAUUUUUUCAUAUAUGUGUAAAAAUAUAAUACUUGUGUCAGAAAAAGAGGGCGUCUUUAUUCUUGUGUGAGCAAUUUUCCUGAAAAAAAUGUAUUAAAUAUUCACAUGCAGUUCACGACAGCAAUAACUAAUGUCUGCUUUUUGACUUAGAAUAUGCUCUUAAUCAUUUUUCUCACACAGUAUUCUUAAAAGCACUGAAAGUAAUUUAUCAGGGAAUACUAUUUCUCUCAUCCAAGAUCUUUUAAAAAAAGGCCUGUGAUAAAGAGUGCUAGUGCCCAUGUCUCCUAUGAAGCCUCAUUGAUUACACUGGUGUGUGAAUGCAGAUAACAAGAAUGUAGGAUUUCAGCCCCAUGCCAUGUAUAUUGUGAUCUCUAGAAAUCUGGAGAACUUGGGGAUAUUGCUACCUUGUUGGGAGUUUUUCUCUUCCUGCUUGUCCACAGGGUUUUAAAGCUCUCUGGUUUAGCUUUUGAAAAUCUCUUCAGCAUCCAGUAGAAUGAUUUUGACUCUGGGAAUUUUAAACACCUACUUUUUAAGCAUUGGCAUACAUCUUUAAAAAUAUGGAGGUCAAAUCAUUCUCAUUCAUGACACAUUUUCUGCAACAGUUCAAGAACCACAGCAAUAUGUACUAGGCAAUUAAUUGAAGGCUUUUCUGAGGCUGCCGUCUGAAGCACACUUGCAUAACUUAAAAAACCGUGUGACGUCUUACUGGCUUUCCCCGUUCUUUGAUCAUUUCUUCCAUCUUGUGAGAAUGCUUGCCUUAUAAACAUGCACUUCCUGUGUUGGGGAUUCGAGAUCUACUUUAUCACUCCUGUAACAUCAGAAACCUAUCACUCUCUCUCUCCCCCCCCCCCGCGCUGCUGCUUUCUAAUUGCUAACACAUGCCACAUUUUGUAUUGUUGCAGACCCUGUGGCCAAGAUAUGAGAGACAGUUUACAGGGAAGUUUUACAUGCUGUUGGAAAGCUUCAGAAAAUUAAUGUGCUAAUUUAUCAAACAAUUUCUCCAAAUUCAGUUUAGAAAGAAAUAAAUCAAAACUGAAAGUUAAGAUGAAGCUUUUGAUGAACACUUCAGUAGUCCGGUGAGAGGUUUGGAGGAUAACCAGAUUGGUCUAUAUUACAACAACGGCAACAACAGCAACAAGUCUUGUGGUAGCUUUAGAGAUUUAGCAUAAGAUGAUGGCAUAAGCUUUCAACAGACAGGGCCUAUUUUGUCAGAUUCCUGAAAUAAUUGCCCAAGUUAGAAGCCCCCUUUGUACUCCACCUAUACUAAACACAUUCAGUUGAAUGAUGGGGAACUGUGAUUAAUGACGAUUUCUUGAUGUGUGGGGAGGACUGUAAGGACUCUCAGAAUACACUUAUAACUGUCCUUUAUAUAUUCCCACUCAGAAAGUCAUACCUUCCCACUAUGCUGUCCACAGAUUGUUUAAGGAACACCCAAGGGGGGUAAAAUUAAUACGGUUCUGAUUACUGAAGGCUGGGCAGCAUUCUGUGCCAGUUGAAAUUUCAGAAUACUUUAUGGAGUAGCCCCAUGUAGAGUACAUUAUGAUAAUCAAGUGCAGAGUUAACUAGGGCAUGAAAGGAGGAGGCAAGGUCUGAUUUAUUCAGAAAAGGGUAUAUUUGGCAAAAUUAAGGGGGAAGGCGUUUUAAUUUUUUUAAUUGGAAUUUGCACAAUGUAGAAAUUGGGAGUGGCUGCUGCACUGCUAAAAGGUAUUGUCCCUCUCUAGAUGUUUGAUUACACUAUCUCAUGGCCAUUAAUCACAAGUGGCCUCUGCUGGGUGCAGGUCAUACAAGCGCAGUGAUGGGGUUCCAUGUUCACUUGAUUGGUUUUUUGUAUUCGUUUGUGCUCUGCAUAGCAAUGUGGCGUAAAUCCUACCUCUUGCAUUCAUUGGAACCCACUUAGCAAAAGCAACCACCUUGUGCUCUCUUGCUACCCAUUGAGAUGACCAGUCCAUUUGUCCCAAGGAAGCUUAUGACAUAGUAUAUUAGUCUCCAGUGUGCAUGUUUCAUAAAAGGCAAGAAGAGCCGGAGGAGGAUAAAGAUGGAGGCUUUUGACAUGGUCAGUCCCGCUGGACAUGCAGUGCCAUCGUCGUUGCCAUUACUCACCAGGGUUGAUUUUGGAUACUUUUAGCACGGCGCUGUCUCUCCCCCCCCCCCAUUUGGCUAUAAACAAAUUACAAGUCUUUAACAUAUUAAUGUCAGACUUAAUGUGAAAGCCACCAGUAGGUGUGUACUUAGUGACAUCAGCUGGCAGAGAGUCCUGGUAACAGAGAGCAAGUGACAGGGAGGAGGGCGGGGGGGGGGAGUACUAGAGAGAGAGAGAGAGACGUGUGUGAGAGCAAGAGCGAGAGAGCGCAUAUCUGGGUAUUCUGGCAAGGUAAAGAGCUGGUCUGUUUGGCAGGACCUUCCCAUCUGGGAUCCAUCUGUGUUUCUCUGGAAUCAGACAGGCGGCUCCAGUCAGUGAGAAAUCGCAGAUGUGAGGAAGCUGACACAUGUCCAGCUAAUGAAAAGAGAAGGAAGGUUUGUCACAGACUCCGCUUGAAGAUUAGGAGCUGCAAAAGAAGACCCAUUUUUAUUUAUAUUUUAAAGAAAUCGGGUGUCUUUUGGACAGCAGCCUGGUUGUUGUUGUUGUUUGGCAUUUGGGUGCAUACGGUAAGUGAGCUCCUCUAAAUAAUACUCCUCUUAAAGAAGGCUGUUCUGAUUUCAGUUUUACUGGGAUUUUUUUUAAAAAAAGCUGUUUUGUGGCCUAAAUUGCACCAGAAGCACAAUUUUAUUCAUUAGGUUGGUGCCUGUGUGUGCAUGCAAGAGAAAAUGUUAACAGAUGCAGUACUUUGCUACAGCUCCCUCCCUGCUCCCUAACCAACCCUCAGUUUGACUGCAGUGCCUCUGCUGUGUCAAAACUUCAUUAGAUGAGCAGAUUUGCUACAUGGAUUUUCGUAGCUGAGAGAAAAAGCAAUGCAAAUGCCGUGUCUUUCUUUUGUCAUGAGGAAACAUUAUUUCUUAGGAAGGAUGCUAGCUUUCAGUAAUUCAUAGUGUAAUGGGAUGUUUUUUUAAAUAAAUAUAUAUGAUGCCAUAGACUUUACACUACAAUAAUUUUAUUUUUUAAAAUAUUUGCAUAAAAAUGACAGUCAUGCAGUAAUGGGAUAAACUCAAGCAGUGAAUUCUAGUUUUCAUUUAAAAUAAUUCUUAACGCUGUUUUUUUUAAAUGCAUAUUGUUCUGUUUGCAUUCCUGUCAGGCUUGCGUACACUUAACAUGCUCCCUCUCCUGGAAAAAGCAGCAGUUAAUGCUGCCGGUGUUUAACUCUUUGGUGCAGUUUAUGGUGCAGCAGUGUGCACUCAUUAUAAAAAUCUUCAUUGUCAAGGUAUAUUUGUGUGUAAUGGGUCGCUACAGGACCUUGGAUUCUGUUUUGCGCACCCAGGAAGUGCCAAAUCAUUGUUUGCCUCAAAUUAUUGUUUUGUUUUUUGUGUACAGGAUUCAAACUCUUGACCCACUAUCGUUUUUAUUUUUCUGUGUUUCCAUUAAAUGCUUCACCCAGUUACUUAAGAGAUCAGACUGGAAAGGUUUAAAGAUGUGCAUUCGUCCUUUGGGACACCUAGACCAAGGCAGGUUUAUUCCCUAAUUCCCACUUGCUUUUGUUUGGUUCAUGCAAAAUGGUGGGGCUUCCCUUUUUAGCAAAGUGAUAAAUAGUACUAUGCAUGUGUUCACUGCUAACAGCCAAAUCCCCCAGUCUGACAUACUGCAUUAUAACAAUGCCUAUGCUCGCAUCCCAAACAACAUUUGCUUUCCUAAACCUGAAAACAUAGGGACUUGAGCAAGCUUUCUCUUCUGCUUAGUUGUGGUUAUUCAGAGCUGAAAGAAAUGACUGCAACUGUGAGCUUACCCUUUGCUCCCACCUCAUUUUUGGUCCUUUCUUUCAAUUUAUGUUAGUGUGCUGCUAAGAAAUAGUUUACAGAAGUAGGCAGUGUUGCUUUUUUUCUCAUCAGUAAUGCACAUACAAAAAACAUAGUGGGUGUUGCUUCAUGACAUAAAAUGUCUUGUGGGUGAUCAUCUUCAAUGUGUGUCUAGCUUGAUUUCCUCAAAGGCUCAUGCAGUGGUCAGUGUUGCUAAUGAGCUCCUUGGAAGUGUGAGGCUAUAUGGAGAAACCAGCAGUAGUUUGUUGUGUGUGUCUCUGUGUGUGGUGUACUAUUUCUAAUCUAGCACCAGGAGUUUGAUAAGUGUGUCAUCUUGAGGAGAUACAAUUAGAGUUAGGGGUCGGAUGAAUAUAAUUUACUAGAAAGUCCUUGUAGAAAGCCAUUUGACUGAAGCAUGUUGGUCUACCUGUAGAUAUUUAUCAGUAUCUUCAGAUAUGAAUACUCGAGGUGAGGUCCUUCAGUAAGUUUUUGACCAUAGGACUGGGGGUCUCAUUCUUAUGUGAAAAGCAUAAAGCUACUUUUAGAAUUUCUGGACACUCAAGCUAUUGACAGAUAGCUUCUCAGUAGCUUUGAGAAGAAUUUCCGUAACUUGAAAGGCUAGACUUCGGAGAAGAAAGACCUCAAACUCUGUUUUGAAUAACAUAAGAAGAGAGAUGUGGUCCUUCUGGUCUCUCUAGGCCACAUCUCUCAUUGGCCCUGCUUUCACCCUUCUUGGUGUUUUUGCAUAGCGGGAAUGUGUCUAUGAACUCUGAUAACACUUCAUGGUUGCUUGGAUGCGUGAGGGUGUAUCAAAACUAGCAUAACAUUCACAUUCAUUUCUCUCUGCACUUUUGCCUCUGGCCCCGCUAACCACUGACAUAGCCCCCAGAAGGUUGUGCAGAAGGAAAUGUGUUCUUCAAGCUGAAAAGUGUUCCCCAUCCCUGGAUUAAAGUAAGCCAAGAACUGUUGCUCAAUUGAGAGAAUGCAGUUCAACAAAGAGACCUGAGUAUUUUCCUUACUGUAAAAGCUGCAGCAUGAAUACUUCCCAUUAUAAAGAACUUACCAAUGUGGCUUUUGUUGUUCUAAUGCCCCCUUUCCCUCUGCAGAUCUAAUUGUUUGACAAAUAUUAUUUAGUAACCCAAAGUCCACUGAUCAUAAACACCAUAUUAUUGUAUGCUAUUAGCUCUGUACAGUUGAAUAUCAAAAGACUCAAAGUUGAAUUUUGUUCCUAUUCAUUUUCAAGUUGUUUGUAGCCUAAUUCAAGUUUGCAUUGGUGUGAAUCUGCUGUAAAUGCAAGAAGUGCCAUGUCUGUUGGUUUAAAGAUAUUUUGCCACCUGCUUGUGGGGUGGGGGUGGAGAUGAGAGGUUAAAUAUGGAGGAAUUGGUUGAAUUCUGAAUGGAUACUGUUAAAGCUGUCAAACAAAAUUUUUGAAAUUACGCAGCCCAGUAAUUGUAAAGUUUCCAACUUCCUGAUGACUUAGGGUGGUAUUCAGCUAAAUCCUAUGCAGAGUAGGCCCAUUGAAAAUAAUGAACCUAAGUUAGUCAUGCUUAUUAACUUCAAUGGGUCUUCUCUGAGUAAUAUUGAAUACUACCCCAGUUGCCUAAAAAUGUUGAUGUUGGUACUCAAUAAUUUGAAUCCAAUGCUAAUUCAUUUAUUGCAAGUGCAAUCAUAUUAAGCACAUCCUACAGAAAUAUUAGCGCUGUUUCUUUUAUAAGAUGGUAUAGCUUCUGGUUGUGUUCAUUAGAAAGGGGCUGUGCCAGUUUGGGGUACUUCUGUACCUGAAGUCAAGCUUAAAGAGUGCCCUCCCCUUGAUUGAAAUUUUAAUGUUAAAAAAAAUAAAUCCAGGUGUAAUUUUGAUGGAGAGCAAUGGCAGCUUCUAAGAUGUGCUGAUUGAAAUACAUUGCUUCAUGCUAAAUUUCAAUUUGUAUAUGGUAGCCUUCACUAAUUUGGUACCCUCCAGAUGUUUGGCCUACAACAACCCAGAUGUGAGUUGUGGUUCAAAACUUCUAGAGAGCAUCAGGGUGGGGAAGGCUGUCCUUGGAUAAGGAAGGUGGUUUCUUUUGACUGGAUCACUUUUCUGGGCCAUUCUGGGCAGCUACAUUUUUCACUCGUUCAACAAUGGAAGGUAUGAUCCAUUCAGAAACUACCUUUGAGACUAAAUAGGAGAAAAUGACUUAGCCAGCUGUACUGAUUCAGGCACCCUAGAAGUUGAAUAUAAGGCAACAAGAAAAAAGGAACUGCUAGGAACUAGUUUUUCUCAGUCACUCCAAAUAUUUUAACUUUACCACAAGUUAAAUAUUAACAUAUUUCAUGUUUCUCAAGGGCUAGAUGUGGCAGUGACUUCGCCCUCUCAAAUCUCCGUACUGUAUGAGAGGGAAUUGGAUAAAGCUUUGAUGGUCUGUCCACAGAAUAAGUUUUCUGCUAUUCUGAGAUGAAGUGGAUUUAAAUAUAGGCUGUGGGUGUGGGUUUCUGAGCUGAAUCUUGAAACAUUCCCACUUCUGCUUUUAACGAUAGUAUGCUCCCAAGAUCUCAUAGCCUCCUGACUGUAGCAUAGACCUACCAGGAAAGAAGUUUCUGAAGGGACCUUUUGUGGACUUUACCUUGCUGUGUACAUUUUCCUCACUAAAGGCUCUUGCUCUGAGUGGCAUAUUUGCAGUAUGAAACUUAACAUGUUCUUUUAUAUUCAGUCCAGUUGCGCUGCCAAGUCCUUUUGCAAGUUAACGAUAGCUCAGUAGGUGAUUGUCUUCCCAAAUAUGAAGCGAGUCUUUUAGAAAUGGCACGUAUUGGGCAGAGUUCUGCUAUGUCGCUCUGUUGCUUGGCUAAUGGCACAGAUUUGUGUGGGGUGGGGUGGAGAGACAAAACCUGUGAGAUCUUGAAAAACCCCCACGCAUCCUGCAUACCAUGGAAGCGACUUGAUUCACAGACUUUUGGGCUUUCCAUUUAACUUAAUUUGACUUUCUCUCGCUUUUUCAACGGGUCUCUGCCCUGUUCUGUGAGGUGAAUUGUGAUCGCCUUCUGUCAUUCGGCGCACUCUGGUAGGCUAGACGGAGAAGGCACCACUGGAGCCUUUGAAAGAACUCAAACUUGUUGCUUGUACGGCAAGCUGUGAAUAUUUAAAGGCCUCAUAUGGCUUUUGCAGGCUGGUGGAGAAGGAGGGGGAUGGGCUACUUUGUGAGGGUAACAGAUGUGCCCUGUGCUGUUGACGCGUGCCAGCUCUGUUCCUCUGCUCCUAACACCAGGUGCAGCUAUUGUUCCAGCCGGUCUCUAUUCAUCCCAACUCGUCUGUUACUUUGCUCUUUCUAGCUCAUUGUUUUGGAGGGGAAAUUAGCAUUAAAAACCGAUCCCCAAGCCCCUCGUGUCCCUCAACUGCAGGUGACUGUUAUUGGCCCCAGCUGCCACCCUUGCGCUUGAUUACAUCCAUAUGGGCUUGUGGUGGGAAGUAGUAUCCACUUACCAAUUUCUCCACCCUGAAACACACACACUUUAUUAUCUGCAAGGAACAAUGUCCUGAAAUCUAUUAGGCUCCCCCCAUAGGCUUCCCAUCAGUCAGCAUUACAACUAUGGCAAACAUUUUACAAGUGAAGCUAAUUACACCCUCUCCUCUCCUCCCCUCUUCCUUCAAUGCUUCCCAAAUGCGCAAUAAGCGUUGGCUAGCGAGGGAGUGCUCUGAAAUAGCCAAAUGUGUGAGGAUUUUUCACUAGCUGGAAGGACCCUGCCAGCGGUUAGAUGAUCAUCAAUGGAAAGUAUUUAGCCAGUGAACUUUUUUGUCCGGUUGAACCACUCCUAUAAAUGACAUGAGGGAAGUGCUGCCUCAAGAGGAAAGUGGUAACGUUUACAUACGGCUUGUUAGUUUGCUAAAAAUAAGUCUGUGGAGCCUGAAAGAAAAUUUGUAUUCUUCCCUGUAUCAAAUUCCACCUUCAUCUAAAGGCACAAUUUACUUGGAUGUUUGCCAGCACAAGCACCAUUGAAACAAAUGACUGAUGAGUUUCAGCUGAGAUCUUGAAGGAGAACCCUGUAGGUUUGCCUGAGCUCCUCUCAAGAUAAGUUAUUAACAUUUAAUCAAAAGUGUUGUGUGUGUCCCCUCACCCACCCCACCCUUAGAUAUGUUUCUGUUUUGCAAAGUUGAGCUUACCUAAAAUGCACGGUUAAACAAAAAAACAAAUAAGAGGAUUUCUGUUUUGUUUAGAAAGAGCUAUAGGGCAGCCUAUAAUUUGAACAAGGAAAUGAUGUGGUAUCAGGAUUUGCUAGUGAUCGUGAAAUCAUUUUGUUUGGUUCCUAGCCAACUUGUUUUUCUGGAUAGCUGGUCCACUAGAUAGUAUGCAGCUUGACAUCUUAAGUUUCUUCCCACCCCUCAAUUUUAUGUGUGCGUGUGAGCACUGUGCAAUCACAAUAUAGGAGGCAAGUUUUUAAAAGGAGGGGGGGAAAUCCGUAGUUUCUGUGUUCAGAUGAAACAGGAAACAAUACCUGGUUUCUUUGCAAACUCCUGCAACGAGAGUAGCAAAGCUGCAGAUGGUGUAGCCACCAAGUUCAUUUAUAUCUCUGCUUAUUAAGCUAAGGUAUGAUCAUCUUGAUCACAGCCAUUGUCUUCAUGCAGGAGGAAGACUGAAACAACUCAUAUGACUGAUAAUGUGCACUAUCCCUCACAUGACUAGCUAACAGUUUUGUGGAUUAGUAAGAGGUGGAUAUUCUUUUCUUGAAGGAAGUAAAAUAUGUACCCUUUGCCAAAACAGAACUUACAAUUUUGUUGUGUCACAUAUGUUUUAGGAGUUUCAAAGGGAAAUAGUUUGCUCAGUGUUGUUGUAGCGCAGGAUGUUCUUGGAAAGGUUGGCUUUAGCUAUUGCUUUGUUUGGGGUUUGGUUCUUCGAUGCAGACAGAGGGUGUGUGAGGGGUGCAUCUGUCUGUCUUGCAUUCAAACUGUACCUUGAGAUCCUGUGGAGAAAAUGGACAUCAAUUACUGAGAGGUUUAAACACACGAGUAUUUUGCACGCAGAGCAGGUGGAAGAAGGAAGCUGAUUAGGCUCAUGUAAAUGGGAGCCAUUAUGUUCAAGGCUAAUUCUUCAAAAUGAGCAUCUUAAAUCACACAUACAGAUCCUCAAUUUUAUCACACACUGUAGCACUUAGCAACCUACUUCCUGUGUACUGUGCUUAAGUGCAUAUUAUAAAGCAUAGUGGCCACUUAGAAAAACUAGGUAGCUUUGUGUUUUGAACACAUAGCAACAUUAUAUUAAUAUAAUAGUUUUGCCUGGUGGUUAAUCCGGCUGUGAGCUAAAUUGUAGGCAUUCUAUUCUUGCAGAUGGGCUUGUAACUUUCGGUAAUCCUGUAAUUCCUCUGUUUAGCCAACCCAUGAAAUACUGCUAAUUCCUGUCUCUAACUUUCAGGGGUGUGGACAAUUAAUACUGUACUUUGGUUUUCCACCAAUGUCUAGCAGAUGUUUUGAUUUUUCUCUUUCUUGGAGAGAAACUCCUCUGGAUAGCGUGUAUAGGUCCCAAACCUCAGGACUCCGCUUGUCCAAUUUUGUAACGUGUUUUAGAAAAACAUUGAGAUCCUUUAAGCUCUAAUUUUUGUUUCUUCUGGGUGUUAAACUUACAGUCACUUCAGAGUUCUCUCCCCCCACCCCCCGGUCACUUCCCUGUCAAAUCGAGAAGUAGCUUCAUUGCACUCAUAUCUUGGUGAGAAAAAAAUUCAAUGUUCUGGCUUCUGUUGUUGAAUGCGUGGGUGGGUGGGAGGGACAGAAUUGAUUUUUCCUGCUGUGUUUACAAAUUAAUGGGACAAACCUCCCAGCUGGUAGUGAUCAGGAAAGUUGUUUCCUUCCAGCUGCUGACAUAAUCAUUUAGCUAAUGUGGGCUGUAGAAGAGUAGAACUUGUUUCAUUUUGGAGUUAGCACACAGUGGAUUAGGACAUUACAAACAAGCAUAGAAAGAAGACGCUCUAGUUUUGUGUUUUUGUUUUGGUGGUGCUUAUGUAAGGUGUAAGUGAGCUGGAACUCUUGCAUCUUACUGCAUAGGAGACAUGAGAAUUUUCUGACUUUUAUAUUACAGUGGUACUUCGGAUUACAUACGCUACAGGUUACAUAUGCUUCAGGUUAAAGACUCCGCUAACCCAGAAAUAGUGCUUCAGGUUAAGAUCCUGAAUCUUGCUUCAGGAUGAGAACAGAAAUCGUGUUCCGGUGGUGCGGUGGCAGCAGGAGACCCCAUUAAGCUAAAGUGGUGCUUCAGGUUAAGAACAGUUUCAGGUUAAGAAUGGACCUCCGGAACGAAUUAAGUACUUAACCUGAGGUACCACUGUACGCAGGAAGUGCAAGUCACUUGCUCAUUCUGUUAUGCACUUUAUUUGUAGCAUCCAAAGUUGCCUACCAUCAACCUCUGCAAUUGCUAGUGAUCUUGUAACAAGGGAAAGUGUUCUCAAAAUAGCUUCCACCUGGGGUCUCUGAUUUCUCCAGUGGGCAUUGUAGACUAUGUGACUUUGAGCUUAUGGUUUCAAGUCAUAAUGCUGGGAAUAUCUUAAAGCACAACAGCAACACCGAAACCUUCAAGUAGUUAUUCAACAACAGGAACAGCACAAACCUGGUUCUCCCAGUAUUAUAGAAGAAGUGAUGCUAAUACAGUGGCACCUCGGUUUACAAACUUAAUCCGUUCCAGAAGUCCAUUCUUAAACCAAAACCUUUCUUAAACAGAGGCACGCUUUCCCUAAUGAGACCUCCCGCCGCCAGUGCCCUUCCACUGUUCGGAUUCCGUUCUUAGACCGAGGUAAAGUUCUCAAACCAGGACACUAUUUCUGGUUUUACAGAGUUUGUAAACCGAAUCAUUCUUAAACAGGACUGUUCUUACCAAGGUACCACUGUAUUGUCAUGAAGGCAAAGCUGAAAAGCUUAUAUUGCAGUCAAUUAAGUAGGGUGCACCACAUUGGAAACCAAGUUUCAGGUAGGUACCUACCAUACUAUUUUGGCUUGUGGUGAAAACACUAUCAGACUGGGACAUGCAACAGCUAAUCCCAACUAGGGGGCGGGCCUAGACUGCAAUCCGUAAAAUUAGAUAAUAAAAUUAAUGUAGGAGGACCCUCUGGCCAAAUGCUGCCUGACCCAAGGCAAUUUUUUCCACAUUCAUGUAGUGUCUGAUGGUGACACUUAAGUAGCCACUUCAGCACAAUGCAAAUCUGCAUUCCAGAUAGGGACCAGCUGUACUUGUUCCACCCACUUUCUCCAUGCCAUGCAUAAUCUUACAUAUUUCUAUCAUGUCACCUCUUACUUGCCUUUUCUCCAAACUAAAAACCUCUAACUAAAAAAAACCCCUAAUGGUAAUGCCCCUACUGGGGGUCAGCAAUAGCUUUCAGCAAAGCAUGCUCCUCUUGAACCUCUAUCUCCCUAGCAAUUUUCCUCCCUCCCCCCCCAAAAAAAUGACACUUGUUCGUCCAUGGCAACUGAGAAUGCUGCCACAGAAUUGUAGAAUUAGAAGCAACCCCAAGGAUCAUCUAGUCCAACACCAUGCAAUGCAGGAAUUGCAGCUAAAGCAUCCCCGACAAAUGGCUAUCCACCUUCUGCUUAGGAACCUCCACCACUUUCCUCCAUUGGGCUGUUUGGGCUUUUUCUUUUUGGUGGGGGAAUGUGUUCUUUCCCCCUCUGUCCAAGCAUGCUGAUAUAUCCCUCUUGUUUCUCCGUGUUUCCAUUUUGCCUCCAUUUCAUUGGAGCGUUUUCCAUAAGCAUAAAGGUAAAGGGACCCCUGACCAUUAGGUCCAGUCGUGACCGACUCUGGGGUUGCAGCACUCAUCUCGCUUUAUUGGCCAAGGGAGCCGGCAUACAGCUUCCAGAUCAUGUGGCCAGCAUGACUAAGCCGCUUCUGGCGAACCAGAGCAGCGCAUGGAAACGCCGUUUACAUUCCCGCCGGAGCGGUACCUAUUUAUCUACUUGCACUUUUGACGUGCUUUCGAACUGCUAGGUUGGCAGGAGCAGGGACUGAGCAACAGGAGCUCACCCCAUUGCAGCAUAUUCCUUUUUAUAUAUCUUCCAUCAUUUUGCUUGUUGCUUGCUGCAUGAGGCCACCACCAAAAAUAACUUUUGGUGAAGAAGCUCCCCUGGUGGACCAGCCUGCAUUUUGGAGGCAGACUUGCUUGCAGCACUUUGCUUCACAUCUGGGAUUUUCAAAGAGCACAAAUUUUCCUUGAUGUUUAGUGACUCUCUGCUGGUUCUCAUCAAGGAAAGUUGACCUUGUAGUGCAACUUUUUUCUCAUCCCAGGUCAAUACCUUUGCCUGUAAUUUUCUUGACUGCUUGUUCUCUGGUUAAUUAAACCCGACUUUCUAAAUAGUUGUACAUUUAAAAGCUGUGUUGUGCUUUUUCUCUCUCCAUUUUUUAAAAAUAAUACGUUCUCUGUGGGCAUGUGCUACUUCUCAGCUUUUCAUACCAGCUUGAAUCUUCAAAGAAUAAAUACCACCUAGACCAGCGUUUCACAAAAUGGUUGUCAUCGACCCCCUUGAGUCAAUGGGACUGGGCAUGGGGUGAAUAAAGGCCUAGACCAGAGCUUUCCCAGCUGUGUGUCACAACACGUUAGUGUGUAGGUGUGUUGCACGAACGCUACCUGUAUUCCUCCUGGGGCUGGAAGGGUGGUAGGUUAACCUCCAUUUUGCUAGUAAAUCUGAAUUACUGUGUUGUGAAGGGAUGCAUGUCUAAAAAGUGUGUCAUCAACAUGAAAAGUUGGGAAAGCUGUUGCCUAGAGGCUGAACGGGGGUAAAAAAGGUAGUAGAAAUGAAGUUUACAAGAUACAGUGCAAAGCAUUUAAUUAGGAACCAUGAGGCUCAGAAUAAGGGACAUGAGCAUGUUCAGAGCAUACCACUUUUGCCAGUGAGCAAUUUCUGUACUUAAUAAGUGGAUCCCACAAUACAACAGUAUUAUCAGACCAUAUUGAUUUAUUGUUUUACUUCUUCUUUUUUACAUUUUAUCAUUCCUAGUAAUGGUGACUGCUGAUCAAUAAAUGCUGAUUAUAUAUUGAUAUUUAUUGAUUUUUUUCAUUUAUAUCCCUAAGAAUCUGGGUUGGGAUCAAUGACAACUUUAUAAACUCAUUGAGGGGGUCUAUAUGCUAUUACCCUCAUUUUCUGAAUAGUAUCUAUAGUGUUCUCUUUCCAUCUCAGUCUUUUUUUUUUAUUCUAAAGCGAGGGGCAGACUGGGAUGAGACUUGCUAUAUUGAAUAUGAGUCACACAGGCUUUCUGAACUUGAGGACAUCAGUGCUCUAUUGAGAGAUCCUCUGCAAUGACUUCUUUCAUGAGUCUCCUAGUUAUUAGAUUAUAGUUAAUUGGGUAAGUACCUCUUCUAGCUACUAAAUGAGGACCUUGUCCCCCAACAUUUUUGAACUUGGAGAGGUCAUUCUCUGUUGGAUAACAUCCAGAUUUGGUGUCCAAUCGCUUUUAUUUCGUAACUACUGCAAUUGCACCAAAUGGUAGCUUCUUUUCUCUUGGCUUCACUGAAGUUUCUGAUAUCCUGUGUCUGUCUUGUCUUAAAACGUUUGUGUGGGUUGCCAGUGUUCUGCUGUUUCCCACCCUCCCUAGGUCCCCAGCAAGCUAGCCAUUAUGAAAUAUUAUUUUAUUGCCUGGUAAUUUUGCUAGCUUUCUGUAGUCUUGAGGAAACCUGAGAACAUAAAUAAACAAUUUUUGUUAGUUUCAGUUUACUUUUCCAUAUAGUCCUAGAUCUGGUCCUAACCAAUGUUGAUGACCUGGUUAGUGGGGUAGAAGUGGAAGGAUCAUUAGGCGCGAGUGAUCAUGCUCUUCUGAAGUUUACUAUACAGCGGAAAGGAGCAGCCAAGCAUACUAGGACUCAAUUUCUUGACUUUAAGAAAGCCGACUUCAUAAAACUUAGGGAAGUGCUGGAUGAGAUCCCAUGGACAGUAAUACUAAGGACAGUAAUACUAAAAGGAAAGGGAGUUCAUGAUGGCUGGGAGUUUGUUAAGAGGGAGAUAGUAAAAGCACAACGUCAGGCAAUACCAAUGAGAUGGAAACAUGGAAGGUGCCUAAAGAAGCCAGGGUGGCUAUCUAAAGAACUUUUAACUGAGUUAAGAUUAAAAAGGAUGUGUACAAAAAUGGAAAAGGGGGAAACCACCAAAGAGGAAUUCAAACAAAUAGCCAGCACGUGUAGACACAAAGUCAGAAAAGCUAAAGCACAGAAUGAACUCAGGCUUGCUAGAGAGGUUAAAAGCAACAAAAAAGGCUUUUAUGGGUAUGUUCGUAGCAAAAGGAAGAACAAAGAAACAGUGGGGUCACUCAGAGGAGAAGAUGGUGAAAUGCAAACAGGGGACACAGAAAGGGCUGAACUCCUCAAUGCCUUCUUUGCCUCAGUCUUCUCCGAUAAAGAAAACAAUGCCCGACCUGAAGAAUUUGGAGCAAAUAAUUCAGCAAAGGAAACACAGCCCAGAAUAACUAAGGAGAUAGUACAAGAAUACUUGGCUAAUUUAGAUGUAUUCAAGUCUCCAGGACCAGAUGAACUGCAUCCAAGAGUAUUAAAAGAACUGGCAGAUGUGAUCUCAGAACCACUGGCAGUCAUCUUUGAGAAUUCCAGGAGAACAGGCGAAGUCCCGGCAGACUGGAGGAGGGCAAAUGUUGUCCCUAUUUUCAAAAAGGGGAAAAGAGAGGACCCAAAUAAUUACCGCCCAGUCAGUCUGACAUCAAUACCAGGGAAGAUUCUGGAGCAGAUCAUUAAGCAAACAGUCUGUGAGCACCUAGAAAGGAAUGCUGUGAUCACCAAUAGUCAGCAUGGAUUUCUGAAAAAUAAGUCAUGUCAGACUAACCUGAUCUCGUUUUUUGACAGAAUUACAAGCCUGGUAGAUGAAGGGAACACAGUGGAUGUAGCCUACCUUGAUUUCAGGAAGGCAUUUGACAAGGUGCCCCAUGAUAUUCUUGUAAAGAAGCUGGUAAAAUGCGGUCUUGACUAUGCUACCACUCAGUGGAUUUGUAACUGGCUGACUGACCGAACCCAAAGGGUGCUCAUCAAUGGUUCCUCUUCAUCCUGGAGAAGAGUGACUAGUGGGGUGCCACAGGGUUCUGUCUUGGGCCCGGUCUUAUUCAACAUCUUUAUCAACGACUUGGAUGAUGGACUCAAGGGCAUCCUGAUCAAAUUUGCAGAUGACACCAAACUGGGAGGGGAGGACAGGAUCACACUUUAUUGAUCAGAGGACAGGAUCACACUUCAAAACGACCUUGACAGAUUAGAGAACUGGGCCAAAACAAACAAGAUGAAUUUUAACAGGGAGAAAUGUAAAGUAUUGCACUUGGGCAAAAAAAAUGAGAGGCACAAAUACAAGAUGGGGACACCUGGCUUGAGAGCAGUACAUGUGAAAAGGAUCUAGGAGUCUUGGUUGACCACAAACUUGACAUGAGCCAACAGUGUGACGCGGCAGCUAAAAAGCCAAUGCAAUUCUGGGCUGCAUCAAUAGGAGUAUAGCAUCUAGAUCAAGGGAAGUAAUAGUGCCACUAUAUUCUGCUCUGGUCAGACCUCACCUGGAGUACUGUGUCCAGUUCUGGGCACCACAGUUCAAGAAGGACACUGACAAACUGGAACGUGUCCAGAGGAGGGCAACCAAAGUGGUCAAAGGCCUGGAAACGAUGCCUUAUGAGGAACGGCUAAGGGAGCUGGGCAUGUUUAGCCUGGAGAAGAGGAGGUUAAGGGGUGAUAUGAUAGCCAUGUUCAAAUAUAUAAAAGGAUGUCACAUAGAGGAGGGAGAAAGGUUGUUUUCUGCUGCUCCAGAGAAGCGGACACGGAGCAAUGGAUCCAAACUACAAGAAAGAAGAUUCCACCUAAACAUUAGGAAGAACUUCCUGACAGUAAGAGCUGUUCGACAGUGGAAUUUGCUGCCAAGGAGUGUGGUGGAGUCUCCUUCUUUGGAGGUCUUUAAGCAGAGACUUGACAACCAUAUGUCAGGAGUGCUCUGAUGGUGUUUCCUGCUUGGCAGGGGGUUGGACUCGAUGGCCCUUGUGGUCUCUUCCAACUCUAUGAUUCUAUUAUUCUAGUGUUUCUCAACUUUGAAUACAGGUUCUUUAGGGCAAGCUACUGCAAAUCACCCAAAGAUCUACCUGUAGAUUCCAUUUUCACUUCUGACCAUCCUUUUUUUUAGAGGAAUUGAUCUAGGGUGAGAAGGGACAGAUGACUGAGUUAAAUAGAAAGCAUGGUUUUGUAAAGCGUGAGAGGUAGUGGCCUUGGCUAAGUUUGGAGGCUAAAGCCUUCUUUGUGGUGGCUGGCACCCUGUUUAUGGAAUGCCUUCCUUUUACAAGCAUGUCUGGUAGUGACGUCAUUGUUCUUCCAGUGCCAGGUUAAGGCAUAUCUGCUUUACUUAGCGCAUUUUACGUCUUUGUAUGAAUGACUAUUUUUAGCUUUCUCAGCUGUGUUAAAUAACUAUUAGUUGCCUCUGUUCGCUGAUGUCUUUAAGGAUAUGAUUAUUUUUAUUGAUUGGGUUGUUUAUAAUUUUAUGUUGUACUCUGCCCUGGAAUUGGUAUUGAUCAAUAGCAGACUGAUAAUCAUUUAAUAAAUAUAAACUAUUAUUGUGGGUUUCAUAGAAUACCAAAGAAUUUGUGUUCAUCUGUUAACAGUCAUACUUGGAGAUACAUCUUUGAAAAUAUGAUUGGAAUAAUUGGCAAGAUUCAGAAAUAAGGAGCUAAGUGGGGGAAAAUACAAAUUCCUUCUUUUUCAUUUUGGGAUUUCUCAGGCAAUUUUGAUUCAGUAUAUUCAAGGUGGUGUUUUGUAAAUUGAGAAUAGUGAGAAUGUGCACCUUGGUUCCACUUCUACAUGUAUAAGGCAUCGUCUAAAUUUGUUAAAUGGGCUGUAACCAAUGCUAAUCCUACUCAAAGUAGACCCAUUUAAAUUAAUUAAUCUAAGUUAGUAAUGUCCAUUAGCUCCAAUGAAUCUACUCUGAGUAGGAUUAGCAUUGGAACCAACCCAAUGUUUUCAGUAUUACUAGAAUGUGCAAAUUAAAUUUGACCCUUUUGGUUCAUUAUCACUUCCCUUGUUUGCCCAGAUUCUCAACAAGUACUUAUCCUUCUUUUACAUCUGGUUCCCAGUUGGCUGUGAUUGAAAUUCAGGAUAUUAAUGCCAUCUUCUGAAAACCUAAAUGGAUCCUGGCUGCCUAAGUGAUGUGGUGAUAUAUAUAUACAUAUAUAACACAUUCAGCCUGGGCUGUGUGCACUAAUGUUGGGAGUUUUAGAUUUUGACAGUGUACACUGUGUCUAAUCCCAGAGAUCUAUGCAGUUUCAGAUAGCUCUCUUGUAAGCAUAGGGCUUCAUAUUUAUUUCAGUGGAGGGAGCCAAUCUAUGUGUGCAAUCUUUAGCAGGCUCUUUGGGGGGGGGUAUGUUGUGUGUGUGUGUAGGAAAUAGAGAGGCUGUUGUGAGAGCUUUCUAAGUAUCAACGCUUCCGCACAUGGAAAAGAUUCCUGGAUUUGGGUGUCUGUCUGUGGCUAGAGACAUGACCUUGCCUAGGGGAGGACCACCUACAUAUCUGGGAAAAUGUUAUAAAGUGCUUUAUAAAUGUGUUUUAAUUAAGCCUCUUGGGCAUGCUUGUAACAUACAUGUGAGUGAAGAGCUUUAUUAAACUCGGCAUACAGAUGGGGAAAUAGUUCUGGACCCCCUCCCAUGAUCUUGCAACCUGACACUACAACUUACAUUCAUUUGUAGCUGAAUUUAAACACUUUAGCUCUCCUCUUUUCUGGCCCUUUCUCUUCUGCUUGGUCAGAUCUGCCUGGAGAUGGCAGGCAAUUCUCAAGGGCACUCGAGAGUUGGGAUGAGAGAAGCAAGGAAACCAGUGUUUUGGUGCCUAGUGAGGCAGGAAAGCCUGCUUUUCAAAUUUUUGGCUUAGUCUCAAAGUCAUUAAAUUUGGGAAGAUCACUGUUUCUCAGCUCUUUCCACUUCCUCAUCUGUAAAAUGUAAAUAAUAAUGCUGUCAUGGUACUGUGAGGCAAUAUACAAACAUCACUGAUUAGGAACUAUUUUAUUAAAUGUUUGUCCCAUUCUUCCUCCAGGGAGCUCAGUCUUUGCCUCCCAGUUUUAUCCUCUCAAAGCAUGGUUUAGGAUAAGCAGUGGUGUCUGGUCCAAGAUUUGACAUGGCACUUCAUGUGCACUUCUGUUUCCCUGUGCAUUUGGUUAUAUCCUACAAUCUGCAAUGUAAGCUGAAAUUAAUUGGUUGGUCGUGGGACGGGAGCCUGAUUAUAGAACCAUGGUAGUUAAGAAAUUGAGAAGGAAAAACUGGACAUCAUCCAAAAUCAAAUUUGACAGUCACCUUGAUCUAAUUCCCGCCUUUUUUUGAGACUCACAUUCUGAGAUUUGAGGGAGAAAACACUUUAAAAUGUCAAUGUGAAAGCUGCCUAUAAAUAUAUAGAGAGUACAAAAAGACGUGGCUUGUUUUUUGUUUUGUUUUUAAAUCAUGCAUGGAAUUGUCAUCAAGACCAAUAUGUGUUCAACAUUAAAUAUGCAAGUAAAUCAUCCAUGUGUCUAGAGUUCAGCAUUAAAUAUAUACAAAGGGUUCAAUUUUACUGUAAUCUUCAGGUAAAUUUUAUAGGUGUAAUAGGUUUUUUUUAAAAGUUAGCAUUUGAUAGAAUCUGCAUUCUUAAUAAUUUGGGAUCACAUGAACCGUUGCCACUACAGUGGUACCUCAGUUUACGAACUUAAUCCGUACCUGAAGUCCGUUCUUAAACCAAAUCUGUUCUUAAACUGAGGCACACUUUCCCUAAUGAGGCCUCCCGCCGCUGGUGCCCUUCUACUGUCCGGCUUCCGUUCAUAGACCGAGGUAAAGUUCACAAACCAGAACACUACUUCCGGUUUUGCGGAGUUCAUAAACCGAAUAGUUGGCAAUUUCUUCAAAAUCAUAGGCACACAAGUCCUCCCACACAUUGGUUUAAAUUAAUACUAAUCAUGUUCCAUUUGUUUAUCUUAAUACCAUUACUGGGCAAUGGAAAGGAAAUCUUUCAGACAACCUGGUCCAGACUUAUUUAGAGCUUUGUAUUUAAGUAACACUGCAUUUACACUGGAUUUGUGGGUAGUAGGGAGCCAGUGCAGAUUCCUUAGCAUUGGUGUGAUACGUGCCCACUAAGGCCCCUCCCUCACCACCCAGGCUACUGCAUUCUGCAUCAGUUGCAGCCUCUAUACUAGCUGCAAGGGAAGUCCCACAUAGAGCACAUUGCAGUAGUCAAAACAUGAAAUUACCAGUGCAUAAACCACAGUGAGCAGGCUAUGUUUGUCCAGGAAAUGUCACAGUCAAAUGUCACACCAGUUUAAGCUCAUGAUAGGCAGGCACUCUUUUACACAAAGGCUCAUGUACUGUUCAAAGAUGGUUACCAAAUCCCUCCUAAAUUGCAUACCUAUUCCUUCAGAGGGACUGCAACCCCACUGAGAACAGGCAAAGUCCUAAGUUCUUGAACCUGGGGAUCAUUCACCUGCAGUGUCUUUAUCUUAGCAAGCUUCAGCCUGAUGACCCACAUCCAGUCCACCAGUGUGUCCUGGUACUGUUUCAGCUUGUGCAUAUCCUCUCUUGACUCAGAUUUAAUGGUGAAAUAAAGGCCCAAACCUUCUGAUGACUUAUCCCAAAGGCUUCAUAUAGAAGUUAAACAACACUGGGUUUAAAAUGGUGCCUUACAACACUUUGCAUCUACAACACUGCGCCUAAGUUGUCGGGGGAUAAACACAGAGUCCCCAAAUGCUACCCUCUGAAACCUGGUGUGAAUGUAGGAAUAGAAUCACCAUAGAACAAUACUUACACUUCCCAAUUCACAAGAGAUUGUCGAGGAGGAGACCAUGGUCAAUGGUGUCAAAAGCCACUGAGAUUCAGCAGGAACAACAGGGUUGCAUGUUCCCUGGAAAGGGUCAUUCAUCAGGGUGACCAAGGCCUGAGGAAUCAUUGGUGAGCACACUUUGGGUUAAUUGAAGGUGAACAAUUUUGUCCCCCGUUUGCCCAGCAAACUUAUUACAGUUGGUGCUAGCAACUUCUUUUUACUGCAUGAAAGAGCUCUGCUAGGCAAGGCACGAUGGAGGCUUUUUCACUACCUUCAUCACCAUAUGACAUGACACGGUUAAACACUCUUAACUGCUGUUUGGUCAGCUUGAUAUUGGGCCUUAAGCCAUUUCCACUUCCUCUCUCGCCAUGCAGCUGGCUUCAUUGCUCAUAGCUCCAAGGAAAACCAAUGUGCACAACGAGCUUCACAGUGUUGGAGCAGGCACUCCUGAGCAAUCUUGUCCUAAUCUCGCUGUUGCACAAUGAGGAAUAAAGCAUAUGGACAAACCAAACUUGUAUUCUGGAAAUAUAUUUAUCAUUGUUACUGGAAAUUCCCCCAAUUCUGAUUCAAGUGUGUGAAGGGACCAGUGAACUCUUACAUGUUCCUGUUUAUGGCUUGGCUUAUUCAGUGCAGGAGCAGUAAGCUAAAUUAUGAGGUAAGCAUCAUGUCCUUUAGCUUUAAUUGUUGGUUGUAAAAGAACUGAUUCACAGGCAUGUCCUAGGAUUGUGGGACUGUAUGCGCACCAGAUCUUAGCUUUCUAGCUAGUAUGAAAGCAUCUUUACUAUUUAGGAGCUCUGCUCAUGUCCCCCUCCCACGCAGAGUGUUUUAGGGGGAAAGAUGUAUAGACGUCUGCCUUUCCUUUCUUUCUUGUAAUCAUGAGGCUUUGGGCUACAGGUGUACCAAAUUUUAGAUUUCUGUGUGGCAGGGUAGUGUCCCAGCAAUACUAACCACCCUUGUCCUUCAGUCAAAAACAUAGUUCUAUAAUAGAAACUGUGAUCUUUGCAUUCUGUUGCACCGAUUUUCAUGUUAGGUGUACCCGGAUUCCGUGUGUGUGCGUGUGCGUGCGUGUGCCACUUCUGUGCUUGAGGGACUUGGCAGAAUAUCACCUUUUGAGGGUUUGUGAGUAACUAUCGCUCCAGAGUAUUCUUAGGUUUUACUUGUUAUGUCUGGGUACUGCUGGGCUUGGAGUCGUUAAUCUUCCUCAUGUUUUCUUGGCUGAAGAAAAUGAGAAACAGAUGUUCACAUCUGGAAACUUCGUUCUAGGCUUCAUUGUUGCAGUGAAAUAGUUUAAAUUGUAACGGGAACAUUUAGAGUACUGAAGCAAAAGGCUACCCUUGAACACACACACACACACCCUUCCAGCUUCCUUUUUUGCAUGAAACUUAACACUGCUGCAUGUUUUGUUCCUGUCAGUUUUAACUUCACUUAACACUUUCGUAGCCUAGAUGAAUAUUAAUAGACCUCUUGAAAUACUAAGCAGACUUCUGGAAAAGUUUGUGUAUGUAGUGUUAACAAGCUAAAGCUAUAUAGUCCCAAGUAUGCCUGCUCAUACUUCUUAGUAAACAUGAUUAGAAUUGGGGAACUGGACAGUUUGAUUGGCUGCAAAACUCUUUCCUGCACGAGGUGUGGAUUUGUUUUGUGUGUUUUCCAGGAGGCAUAUUCAAGUCAUACUAUCAAGUCUAAUUAUACUAGAGAGGUGGCCUGCUUUGGAACUUAGCGGUGAGCAAGAAAUCCCUGUUAUACCUCACCUUGACUAUGAGUUCAUUGCGGCUUUUUAGGCAAGCCACUGUUUCCUCUACUCAUCUCUUGCAACUAUCCUUAAUAUGGAUAAUACUGGGUUGUUUAUAAGAGUUAAUGAGAUAAUAUAUGUCAGGGAAUUUAUGCACACUGGAAAAGCACUUUAUAAACACUGCCUGUGUUCACACUAAACGGUGGUUUAGUUCAUUGUGCAGCAGCCAGGAGUGAACUACAGUGAACCAUAGGCUUGCACAGUCUCCCCCUACUUUCCUCUUUCUGGAAGAGUUUGGAGUAUCCACUUCUGCUUUUAGAUAAUCACAUAAUUCUGUGUAGUUUGGUCCUAGAACUACAGCUAACAUUAACUAUGGCUAGCUUAAAAUAAGGCCAGGUGUGGGGUGCAGAGGACUUUAAUCUUUUGCACCCCAUUGUGGUCCUGAUUCAGACUGAGCCCUCCACAUUUGUAAUUUGUAUUGUGGGGGAGGGGAUUCCCAUUUGCUCCAGGAAGGUUUUUUUGUAUUGAAUUGCUACCCAGUCAAAAUACAGUCUGCAGAGUCAUAGAACAGUGUAGACUUGAUCCAAGCUUUUGGAGGCAGCUUUUCGUUUGUUUUUACAUUGGGGCCUGUUUUCUUCAACACUCCCCACACUGUUUCUCUUUGCUGAUUAAGGGUUCUCCCUUUUCUGAAGUUAAAAGUAGGAACAGCUGGCUUACUGGGGGCAUCAAAGGCCUGCACUUCUCAACACCCCAACUCAGGUGGGGCUUUUGGUGUUAGACCCCAUCAAAAAGAAGCAUAGAUUCCUACCAUGUGGAUCCAUUCUACUUUUGCAGAGAGACUCACUAAACUGAAUUCACAGUGAACUACAAUUUGAACUGCAGAAGUUGCUUAAUGACAAGCUUUGCUGUGCCUGGGCUCAUUGUGAGACUGAAAUGCCACUUGGGCUGGCCACUCAGACAUUGCACCAUGCUCUUCGCAGAAAAAACAGGCAGAAGCUGACAAUGCAUCAUAAUUGUGAUAGAAGGCAACUCAUCAUAAUGUUCAGACUGUGAAUUUUCAGUGUAUGUUAAUGGUGGAUGCACUGCUAUGCUUGGAUCAACUUCAAACAAGAGCUAUGCAUUUGCAGCAAGAAAAAGCUUUGUAUUCAAUUUUCCCUGGAUUAAAUGCUUUUUCAAACUGGCUUUGAAUGGUAAAAUACACUGUUAUAUCAAACUUUGUGCUUAUUUUUGCUGCUAAAUUGAAGAUAAAAUGAAACAGCUGUGUGUGGGAGAAGCAUGUAUUUAUUUUUGAAUUAUCUAGUAUCUGGCCCAUGUUUCGGGGGUUCAAUCCUACAAGCUGCUGAGAGCUCAGAAGAGGUGUUAAAUCCCUUCCACUCCCACUGCAUUCUGCAGAAUCAAAACUCCAAAGGACAGGUUUUCAUCAGUACUCUUAACUUCCAUUUAUCUAAAUGUUGGUGUCAUUUACAUCUUUCCUUGAGUGUUUUGUACACCCAGGCAAAGCAUUCAAGGAAAUGGGAGUGUGUCUUUUCGACAUGAUCUUUUUGUUUCAACAUGAAUGCUUGUUUCAGAGAAGGGAGCUGUUUCCAAAAUGCUUCACAAGUGUCCCAUUUCCCCCCCGCCCAUGUUAAUAACCCAGAUGUGGCUCAGUGGCUUCCACUUUCUGAUAAAGCAUACACCAGUGCUGCUCUUUCCCCCACCAGAGUUGCAGAAGAAUGGAGUUCCCCAAGGGCAGAACUAGUCAAGAGUAUAGAAUCAUAGAAUUGUGGUGUUGGAAGGGACCCCAAGAGUCAUCUAGUCCAGCCCCCUGCAAUGCAGGAAUCUCAGCUAGAUCACAUAUGACAGGUGGCCUCCUGACCUUAAAAACCUCUAAGGAAGGAGAGUCCACCACCUCUUGCAGGAGUCUGCUUCACUGUCACACAGCUCUUACUGUCAGAAAGUUCUUCCUGAUGUUUAAUCGGACUCUCCUUUCUUGUACCUUGAAUCCAUUGGUUCAGGUCCUACCCUCUAGAGCAGGAGAAAACAAGCUUGUUCCAGCCUCCAUGUGGCAGCCCUCGACUAUGGCUAUCAUAUCAUUCUCCUCUUAACCAGGCUAGGGCAGUUCUGUUGUUGGGGAACCCUCUCCACGUUGGCUUGUCUAUUGUGAAUGCUUGCAUGUAUUAUUUCCACUGUCAGUUGAGGAUCUUAGUGCAUAUGGGCAUAGGUUUGCACAUUUAAAAAACAACAAAAACCUCGUCAGGCAGAGAAGGGGUUCAGGCAGUAUGACCUCAAAUUGAAAUAGUUCUGUUAAUUAUAAAACGAGAGAUAAUCUCCCCACCACCACCUUUUCUGGUUCCCAAUGUGAAAAAUAUUAGCUUUGUGGAGACUGAAACAGAUGGCGAGCAGCUGAAGUAGAUAAGCGUGUUGUUGAAAAUAAGCAUUUACUCAGGCUGGGGAGGUGACAAAGCCAUGUUUACAAUAUCUCAUCCAUUUACAGUGAUGCUACUUUUAGCUGUAUUGAAAUAAUUAAUUCACAGGAUACCUGGAAAACACAAGCUGAUCGAUGUAUGUGGGAAGGGCUUUUUACAAUUUUGGGCAAAAUGGAUCUAGUCUGUUGUCUGCUUUAGGGACUUUAAAGGGGUAAAUGCCCCCCCAUCUUGAUGUUUGCUGCUCCCCAAAUGUUUAUCUUGCCUUCUUUAUGUAUUACAUUGUGUUCAUUUUAAGAGAAGUAUCUCCCAAAGCAGCUCACGUCAAUUAAAAACAAACAAGCAAGAAACUAGCCCUUCCAUCAGGAAUACCAACUGCAUAGGUAGGACAGAUAAGGGGGAAGGCAUGUGGAAGAAGGGAGAGAAGGGACACCAGUUUUUCAAGGCCAGAAUAAAGUAGUGAGCUUUAUGUUGUCAUUAAUGUCUAGCUCAGUCUAGGCUGACCCUUCUUUGCUGGUGGUUUUUGCUGGAAUAGCAAUUGGUGGCUCCAUUAUUUUGGCUGAUGGAUGGGGCCAGAGUGCCCUUUCCCCCCUGCAUAUCUAGUACAGUGGUACCUUGGGUUAAGUACUUAAUUCGUUCCGGAGGUCUGUUCUUAACCUGAAACUGUUCUUAACCUGAAGCACCACUUUAGCUAAUGGGGCCUCCUGCUGCUGCUGCUGUGCCACCACCACCGCACGAUUUCUGUUCUCAUCCUGAAGCAAAGUUCUUAACCCAAGGUACUAUUUCUGGGUUAGCGGAGUCUGUAACCUGAAGCGUAUGUAACCCGAGGUACCACUGUACCAUGGCACCUGGUAGUUGGAUCAGAGUGUCUUGAAUUUGUCAUUUGGUUUGUAGUGGCUUUGGAUGGGAGGCAUUAGGAUGUUUUUCAAAGGAGAUUUCUGUUCUUGAUGCACCUUCUUAAUAAAGGUGUGGUACUAUUAGCAAAGUGGGUUAGAAUAGGAACAUUGGUUUUAAAAAUUCAAAUUACAAUAUCUACAAAAGAGGCAGUUUUCCUUUACCUUGAAACAAGAUCAUAUUAAUGGAAAUGAGUCACCAACCACCAUAAGUGAAACUGUAGGAUCCAUGUGUUCCAUUAUGUAGGCAUGGCCUCUUCCUGCUAGAGGUUGGGAUGCUGGUAUAGCAACGUAGCAAGGAACCUCUUCAUAUACAUUCCCGGAAUACAAGUGGUGCUUACAGUGGUUUCCUAUGAAAUCAUCUAAGUAGGUCAUGGACAUUUUCAUAUACUGUAUAUAAGGGCCCCUCCAGACAUCCUUUUUAUUGAGCAUUCAUGAUUUGUUCUCAAGAUGGAAUUGAGACGAUCACACAUGUUCCUUUCAAUAUUGUUUGCACAUGCAAACGUUUGGGGGCAGUCACGCUGCUUCAUUUCCAUUCUGUGCAUAUCCCACAUCUUCCUGCUGAAAUCCUGUAGCUUUUUAUACCACAAAUGUUCUGAUUUAUUUUUGUUCCAUUGGUUUCACUAUAGUCCCUCUGGAGAGCAGUAAUGAGGUGGGAUUGGGGAAGCAUUGCAGGACAAACUAAAGCAGAAUCAAUCCACCACCAAUGCACACACUAUUAUAGAGGCAAGAACAUAUGGCAGAAUGGUCUGUUAUUUAAGGUAGCAGCGCUGACUGUUUCUGCUUCCCUUUCUACUGGAAAAAAUACAGUUCUGGUGGCAAUAACCUAAGAACAAAUCCUGAAAAAAGCAGAUGGUAGUCUUACUAGGUGAUAGGGUGUUGAAUGGUAUCUUUCACAAAGAGUAGAAUUUCUUAAGAUAGGGGACAGCUUUGAAAAGCAACAACACACAUUUAGCUAGGUCAGUGUUUUCUUUGAUAGUGUUAUGUAAAAGGGGACUGUGUGUGUCACUGCGGUUUGUAGCAGUGAAGCCUCUGUCACCGAUCAGAUAAGUUGAUGUUGAUAGCUCAGUGUUUAAGCAUCUUCUAAACCCUCUCGCAGUCCUGUCUCUGUGAGGGAAAAGAAAAUUGUCAGAGGGCUCUGAAGAGACCCUUCAGUGCUUUACAACCUUUGGUCUUUUUGGGUGGAGUGGGAGGAAAAGAGUGCUAGGGAGACUGGUCAGGAUACAAAGGAAGUGGAGGAAAGUUGAUAGUAAUCUGGAAAGGAGGAACCCGAACAGACAAUGCUGAGGGUGAAGAUAUGAGGUAGAAGAACAAAGGUGCAAAGGAGAAAGUGCUACUGGGACAAAGUAUGUACAGGGCCUAGAGUCAGGAGCAGCUGAGAUCCUGAGAAGGGAAUCCUUCCCAUUGUUGCUUCACUGCAGCAGUUCAGCCUGGUAGCCCCAAGGAAGGAGUAAGGCCGAGGAAUAAGGGCACACUUACUUCCCUUCACCCUCCCCGUCUCCUUCCUUCCUUCCUUCCGUCCAUCUGGAAGAGGCAAGGAUUUGUCUCUUUACACUGCAGUAUGGGGUUAAAUCUAUAAGGAGGUCUUAGGUAGGAGGGUCCUAAUGCCAGCUAUCAUGUGUGGGAAACAGUGGAGGCUGGUCUAAAUUAGGUUUCAGAGCAAGUUAAGAAAAAAUAAACAGUGGCACUGCUCUUGGAUAGCUCCAACUUGCUUAAGGAUUAGUGAGACGGAAAAAUAGAGUAGAAAAGAGAAUGGAGGUUUCUGAGGGGGGCACAUUUGUGGGUUGUUUUAGAUGGCAAGUCCCCUGAACUGCUUGAGUGGGCUGUGAUGGGGCUGCUGGGGGCUAAUGGAGCCCUGUAGGCCCCUGAAGCUUUGAGUGGCACAGGGUUUCCUGAGAGAGGCUUGAAAGGGAAACAUGGGGCAGCGUGUGUUCUCUUUAAUAAUGCUUAUGUGCAUUAUUUGUUAUGCUCUUUGAGUAUUGCAAGAAAGGAUAUACUUUUUCCUCAUGGUCAAAUGUGCAAUGUGUCCCUGCGUUGGCAGCUUGCACACCUGACUGCAGAGGGACACAGAGACCUUGCCCUUUAAAUAUCGCAAACCAGUGCAAAGAACAGGAGGGAUGGGAAGAGUCGUAGCUCAGUGAUAGUUCAGUCUCCAGCUGUCUUGCACAGCACUUGGCAUAGGGCUUUGCAGGCACUGCCAAACAGCUGAUGGCAGUGUCUGCAACCCCCUACCUGCUUUGGGUGAACCAGGUUUUUACCUGUCCAGCACUUGACAACAUGUAUGACACUAGGGGUAGGGCAGGUGCAGGUGGCUUUGCCAGAAUGGGAGGCCUAGAUAGGCCCUUACCUCUGGUCUAGACAAUACUGAGCUAUAUGAACCAUUUGGUCUGACUUGAUAUAAGGCAGCUUCAUAUUUAUGUUCUUACUUUCCUUUGAAAUGAAUCAUUCAUGCUUCCAUUUCCACCGCCAGGAGGCAUUGCUGUCAGAUUUCAUAUAUUAAAUUAGUGGUUAUGCAGGUAAAUAAAUGUUCUGCAUGCUGCAAUGUGUACAGAAAUAUGCAGCUCAUAACAUAGUAAAGGCACCCCAUAUACCAUGCUAAGCCUCUGAUGGUACAGCUGAUGCUGUUAGAUCCGGAAAUAGUGUUUUCAGAAUGCAUUGAAGAGAUGGAGAAACUAACUGGUUUGAUUUCUUGAAUAGUGUUUCUUUUGGGUAGUCUGCAGUUGUAAGCAAGCAGCUACUUUCGGUUAGGGAACUAUCUAUAUAGUUUGAGAGUGCCAUCACUAUGUAUUUGUGUCUUAAGGCAUCAAAGGGAUUUACAAAUUCAGCAUUUUCUUUCCAGUGUCCGUUCAUGCAAGUACAUUAGUUUGCUAGCCACUUUCUUAAAGAACCAUGUUGCAGGAAGGCCAGAGGCAAUUAAUUAAAGGAAUAAAUACUGGAUUUUUAUUUUUUUAAAAUAACUGCAUAGGGUUUACUGUUUGUUGUUGUUGUUGGGGUUUUUUUUGCAUUUUUUGAUUUCUGUAAACUACCUUGUGAUCUGCUUGGAGGAGUAGCGUUGUUAUUCCGGGAGGAUUGCUCUUUCAGAGCUCUGCCAUCACCGGCGAUCUCCGGCAUUGAAUGUGUUGGUCUCGUGUGGGGCACCAAGGAGAGCUUGGCUGUCUGGCUGGUGUACCGACCACCCAGCACACCUGCAUCCACCCUGUCAGACCUGCUGGAGGUGGUGGAGGGCUGGGCCUUGGAGUUCCCAAACCUACUGGUUUUGGGAGACUUCAGCGUCCAUGCCGAUGCCGCUCCCUCCUCACAGGCUCUGGACCUAGUGACUUCCAUGGCAACACUAGGGCUCUCCCAGUUUGUUUUGGGCCCCACUCAUCAAGCAGGCCACACGCUGGAUCUGAUCUUUGGGGCUGGCAUAGAUGUGAUCAUGCUCCCCGCUGUGGAAGUGCCAUGGUCUGAUCACUACGCUCUGAAAGCCAAGAUUGACUUCCCGCUCCUCCCCGGCUCGGGUGGCGAACCUAUUUGGGCUCGUCCGCGAAAACUGAUGGAUCCUGAUAGAUUCCGACAAGCCUUGCGGAACCCUGCUCCUCCUGGCGACUCAUUAGAUGACCUUGUUGAGGACUGGAAUAACUGGCUCUUGGCAGCCAUUGAUGAGAUCGCGCCUAAGCGCCCUCUGCGACCCCGUCGAAACCGGGCCCCUUGGUUUACUGAGGAGCUCCGGAAAAUGAAGCGGGAUCUCAGACGGCUAGAGCGAGUAUGGCGACGGACUUGUGACGGAGCCUCAAGAAUAUCUUAUAGGACGCUUAUGAAAGCCUAUGAGAUGGCUAAGAAAGCUGCUAAGAAAUCUUACUUUGCAGCUUCCAUUGCAUCCGCUAGCUCUCGCCCAGCACAACUUUUUAGACUAAUUAGGUCAAUAACGUCCUCAGGAGGACAACCAAAUUUAAGUACAAAUUCGACCCACAGCUGUGAGGCAUUCACAAGCUUUUUUGCGGAGAAAGUCCUGUUGCUCCGCCGUGACCUCAAUGCCAAUUUAGAUACAGUGACUGAACUGGAGGCCCCUUGACUGACUUCAGGUCCAGUGUUGGACCAUUUCGAUUGGAUACUCCCUACUGAUGUGGAUAGAUUCCUCCAAGUUGGUAGGCCCACCACCUGCCUCCUUGAUCCGUGCCCGUCUUGGCUGAUUAGGGAGUGUCCAGAUGUUGCGCGGACCCCCCUGGUUGAAAUUAUCAAUUUGUCCCUUGACAUGGGGACAUUCCCAGGGGAACUGAAGGAAGCAGUGGUGUGUCCACUCUUAAAGAAAACUUCAUCAGAUCCCUUAGACCUAUCCAAUUACCGCCCAGUUUCAAAUCUUCCAUACCUGGGUAAGGUAAUUGAGAGAGCGGUUGCUGAACAGCUUGGUAGGUUUCUGGAGGAAACAUCGGCAUUAGAUCCAUUUCAGUCCGGUUUCCGUCCUGGUUUUGGGACGGAGACGGCUCUGGUUGCCCUAACAGAUGAUCUCCGUAGACAACUGGAUCGAGGCGGGUCAGGACUGCUGAUCCUUUUAGAUUUGUCAGCAGCCUUUGACAUGGUCGAUCAUGAUCUUCUGGACCACCGCCUCGCAGACGUGGGGAUACAGGGCAUAGCCCGUAACUGGUUGUGCUCUUUUAUCUCUGGUCGGGGACAGAGGGUGGCAUUAGGGAGGAAAUGUCGUCGCGCCACUCCUUGGUGUGUGGAGUGCCGCAGGGCGCAAUUCUCUCCCGAUGCUUUUUAACAUCUUUAUGCGCCCCUUGCCCAGAUUAUCCGGAGCUUUGGGCUGGGCUGUCACCAAUAUGCUGAUGACACUCAGCUCUAUCUGCUGAUGGAUGGCCACACCGACUCGGCCCCGAACACACUGACCAGAUGCUUGGAAGCUGUAGCUGGAUGGUUUCGUGGGAGCCGAUUGAAACUAAAUCCUUCAAAGACAGAGGUCCUAUGGCUAGGUCAGGAUGGCAUGGGGAUGAGGGACCAACUCCCUUCUCUUGCGGGGGCCCAGUUAGUGCCAUUGCCUUCUGUUAAGAGUUUGGGUGUAAUCCUUGACGCCUCCCUUUCCAUGGAGGGGCAAGUUACAGCAACAGCCAAGGCGACAUUUUUCCACCUUCGCUGCAUCAAGCAGUUGGUCCCUUACCUUUCCCGCCCCGACCUGGCCACAGUGAUCCAUGCGACGGUCAUCUCCAGGCUUGACUACUGUAAUUCGCUCUACGCGGGGCUGCCCCUGAAGCUGUCACAGAAACUCCAGCGGGUACAGAAUGCUGCAGCGAGGCUCCUCACAGGGUCUCUGCCAUGGGAGCAUAUUCACCCAGUGCUUUUCCAGCUGCAUUGGCUCCUGGUAGAGUACAGGGUCAGAUUUAAGGUGCUGCCUUUGACCUUUAAAGCCCUUCACGGCCUAGGACCCUCGUACCUACGGGACCGCCUCUCCUGGUAUGCCCCACGGAGAGCCUCAAGGUCCAUAAAUAGCAACACCCUAGUGGUCCCAGGCCCUAAGGAAGUUAGAUUGGCUUCAACCAGAGCCAGGGCCUUUUCAACUCUGGCUCCGGCCUGGUGGAACGCUCUGCCUCACGAGACCCGGGCCCUACAGGAUCUGAUUUCUUUCCGCAGGGCCUGUAAGACAGAGUUGUUCCGCCUGGCCUUUGGCUUGGAGCCAAUUUGAUUCCCUCCCUCCCUCUCUUUCUUUUUUCUUUUCCUUCUCCUCCUGCGAUGAGGCUACAUUUUAAUAUUUUAAUGUUCCAUUAUUUUAAUGUUGUAUUUUAUUUUUGUUUUUAAGUUGUAAUCAUUCUUCUUGUUUUUAUUAUUGCUUGUAAGCCGCUCUGAGCCCGGCCUUGGCUGGGGAGGGCGGGGUAUAAAUAAAUUAUUAUUAUUAUUAUUAUUAUUAUUAUUAUUAUUAUUAUUAAUGCAGCCAGUGUGCUGUUGAUAUGGGAUGCCCUUCUUUGUUUGUGCUUUUGUAAAUAACUGGUUUCCCCCAUAUGUGUGUGUGGCAUCUGUUAUAUGACACAACCUUAAUGAGAUACUGUUGUCGCAAAUACUGUCAUUGGAGAGAACCCAAAACAAGUUUUCUUGCCUUGUUAUCCAUUCUGCCCCCCCUCCCCCAUGGAAAUGGAGUCAGCCAACUCUGGCACAGUGUGUCUGAAAAAACAGGUGCUUCAGAUUUCCACGGGGGAUUUCAGGUGAAGGACAGCAGAGCUCGGCUCAGCACUGUGUGCAGAAGGGUUCCUGUGCUAGUUCAGAUUUUCACAUGUUUUAACACACUAACACCUCCCCCCUUGGGUGAACAGAUUGCCAACAGAAGUGGCUUUUGGGGGGUGGGGGGACAUGUCAUUGUAAUUCAGCGAAAACCUGAAGUUCCUUUUUAUUUGGCUUGGGGCCUUCUGUUCUGCUCACUUAACAGACUUCAGAGCUCCCCGCCUGUGACGAUCUCAGGAGUGCUGUAGAUGCUACCCUUGACCUUUAUUCAAAGUGAUACAACACUCUUAGCUGCAUUGCCCAUUUGUUCAUGUUGCUAGCUCAUAGAUUCUCAGGUGAGGUCCUACUGUAGACAUUUUUGCCCUCUGAAGCUUUGUUUAUAAAGAAGAGUUGUUUUCUUGUUUCAUUUCUUGUGGUCCACUGAGUUAGUUCUAUUGGAGCCUUGUUAUUUGGGGGAUUAUAUGGAAGCCUUUAGAUAAUGUUGUCUUUUUCAGGAUGUGUUUGAGAUUUGAUAUACAGUUGUAUCAUUAGUUUUGGAUCCCUGCUUUCAUGGCUAUUUUAGUUAUUAUUUUGUGGUUUUAUGUUGCAAAUUGUGCUCAGGGCUCCCAAGUGCGCUAAGAGUCUGUUUCUUUCUAACAUACAAGUAAACAUGUCCAUUGAAUAUGUUGGCAGUGAUGCACAGAAUUGCAGAAAGAAGCAUAUUGAGACAAUGGCCAGCUAUCCAUGCACCUGCUUUUCCAGAGAGCGCAUUUGCUCUCAGCACGUAGUGUGAACGAUAUACACAUGUGUACCUGCAUCCUAAAACACAAAUGGGCACGUAUCUGUCCACAAAAAAGGAAAAACUCCCCAAAAUUAUGAGUAGAAGGGAAAUGAAAUCCCAUCAAUUAGAGCUGAAUUACUGGAAUGAAACUGCAUUCAUAUGCACACUUGCCAGAUAUUAGCAAGUAUACAUGCAUAGGAUUGUGCCACAAGUUUGUUCAACCCUAAAAGAGUACCAGGGUACUGUACAUUGAAAAUUUUAUUAUUCAGAAUAAGAAAGUAUUAUGAGAAUAUAUAGUUGUAUCUAUAAGAGCACUUGGCACUUCUGGAGACUGAACACAGAAUUACCCUACAUAAGCAGGGUGUGUCUGUGUUCAUUUUAUUAAUAAAUAUUACAGAAUGAACUUUUUCUUGCUACAUUAAUUCUUCCCUUUAACCACCGAUAGAUAACCAUGGAAUAACCAUAUUUGCCUCCCUCCAUCUAGUAAUCCUAGAGACACUGGGUUGGAGCCAGAUUUAGCAAUGCUUAGAGUAUGCCCAUUGAAAUCAAUGGACUUAUAUUAGUCAUUGCUAACUUAAGUCCCACUGAUUUUCAGAUGGUCUAUGACUCUGUGCCAAACACGACUAACCCUGGAUCCCCAACACAUUGUCUUUUAUAAUCAUGGAUUUUUUGUUUAGCCACUGAUAGACCUAAUCUCCAUGAAUUUUUCUAACUCCUUUUGGAAAAAAUGUUACUCUAGUUUAUAGUUACCACAUCUUACAGCAGUGAAGUCUUAACAUUAAUUAUGGGAGUAUUUGAAUGAAUACAUCUGGGACUUAAUAAGCCAAGCUAUGAAUGAGUCUUAUGUUGCGCAUGCAGCCCCUUUGUGCUUCUGUUCACAUGAGCACCCACACACGCAAGGAGGUCUUCUACUGUGAGUUCCCAUUCUGAUAAUAACUUUGGAACAAACCAGGAGAUUAAGCUAACUUCUUGCUUGUUCUGGAUCUGUGAAUCAUAGUUUCCCAAUUUGAAUGAAACAAGAACCUUUUGUUAAUGGAAUACUUCUUGGUUUGCUUGUUCAUGCAAAGCAAUGGCCCAAAGGGGCUGUGCGCAUAGCCAAAAGACACACUCAUAUUUCUGCUUAUUAAACCGAUAUAUGAUCAUCCAAACAUGGUCUAUGGGAUUUUAUGAUAACUCAUUAAUGAUGCUCAUGGAAUCCAAAAUUGAAUGUUAGCAGUCAUGAAGCAGCAUCCAGUGUGCUGGGUUGGAGAAUAUUGAGAAAGUAACAGCUUAUUUGUACUAAUAGGACCUGCAGUUUAUUCUACUACUGUGUCCAAUUUUGGGUUCUUCUCAAAGUCUCUUAUUGUUCUUAGCUCCUAAAGCCUUGCACAGAAGCUUAUUUCAGUGGUUAUGGAAGCAUAGGAACUGCUAAUUCUCAACAGGAGGGAGAAUCUGAGAGUUUUCUGUUUAAACUUUUGAGUAGGCAUUUCAGCAUGCCUGCUGGUAAGCUGUACUGAAUUCCAGCAUUAUGCCAAGUCCUGAAGGUUGCAACGUGUCUAACUGCUAAGAUCUCUUCCAGGCCGCUUGGCGCCCAUCACUGAAAAAGCAGGUGGUCUGAAGUGAGGGCUCCCUUUGGGCUUUCACACUCUGUGCACAACAUACAAACGUGAAAGACAACUGUCAGUUCCUUCCCUUCCUAGUUGUCUCCCCCUUAACAAAAGGAGAGGUUGGGAGGCGAGCGGAGAUGGGACACAGAUGGAUGUGUUGGAAACCUGUCAAUAUGUUUAUGGAGACAUGCUACAGUGUAGUCCCAGAUUGCUUGUGAAAUAAUCAAAUAAGACAGGCACCCCUUUAUUUAGGAACUAAUAAGUGGUCCAUAUGUUGUUCAAUGAGAUGGAGAACAUAUAUCUUGUACCACAACAUUUAUAAAAAUAUAUAUGCUUGCAACAGGUUGUUUUGCACCACAGCGGGUUGUUUUAUACACAGAUGAAAGCAAUUUAUUUAAAGCUCCUUUUUAUUUUUAGUAAAAUAUUUACUAAAUAUUUUAUUUAGUAUUUUAAAUAUUUAGUAAAAUAUUAUACUGGUGGUUAAAAAUCCCAUUGGGCACCUGCACAGUUUUGUGACUCUUGGGUAAUCUGUUUAUUUUAUUAUCUACAUUGGAAGUAUUUCCUUCUCUGUCCUUCACUGUUGCAGAGGGAAUCAUAGAAUCGCAGUUGGGAAUUAUUCAGCAUUUUUACACCCCACCUGCAAGGUAGCUUCUUUCCCUUCCCUAUUUAUCCUGUACUGCAGCUCACCACCUUGAUCUGGGGAUGCUCCAGACCAAGCAUUGCAAAUCGUUCCACCCAUUUUUUAAAAAGACUUCUUAAUAGACUUCCUUAUCACUACUUAACUAUAUUGGUAAUUUCUGAACUAAAACCAUUUUUGUAAAGUGAUCUUUGGCCAUGCAGGAUCCCGCCCUGCCGCCGUCCCCAGCUCACUCAUCCGUGUGCUCCUUUGGUCUCCUAGCCAUGAUGUCCCCACAGGGCUCAUGACAUCUGGGGCCACAAGGAUAAAGAAUUACACAACGUUUAGAAGACAUCUGAAGGCAGUCCUAUAUCGGGAUAUUUUUAUGUUUUUAGAUAUGCUAUAAGCCGCCCAGAGUGGCUGGGGAAACCCAGCCAGAUGGGCAGGGAAUAUUAUUAUUAUUAUUAUUAUUAUUAUUAAUAAUAAUAAUAAUAUGCAACUUGCCAUGUUAUCCAAUCCCAGGCAUACUACAAUUGAUGGAACAAGCCAAGAACCUUCUGGUCCCCUCCUCGUACCCUCACUGGGCAGGAGAGGGGAGUGGGAGCAUGCAAACUAGGUUGUGGAGGGAGGAAUAAGGAUAAGCUCAUUCUCAUAAUGCAAAACCAUGUUUAAGUGUUAUGUUUGAAUGUAGCGAACUAGCAGAUGAUCUUGAAUAGAGCCAAACCAUAGUUUAGUGUGACAUAAACAAGGUGGGACAGGCCUUAGGUUUGCACAGUCCCCCGUCCCUGGCAUGGUUGCAAGUAGGAGCUGCCACUGUCUCUUGAUCAGAGCUUGUCAUGUCAUCGGAGACUGACAAACUCUAGUUAAUAUUUGAAACAAUUGAGCUUCAAAUGAUGUUUCAAGAGCCACCCAUAAGCCAGGACGUCCCUCCACCCUUUAGAUCUCACCUUUGCCACUGAACUGCUAAUUGGAUUUUAGGCCAAACUUCGCUAUCAUCCCCCAUGGAGAGAAUACUGACAUUACUUGUAUGGAUUACUCAGAUACUGACUAUGACGUGGUUUGAACACUGAAGCACCGUGUAAUUCCUAAGUUCCAUUGGAUUGUUAACAUUCUUUCUUCUACUUUCCAUUUCAGUUGCGAGUGAGAAGAGGGUACCAGUAAUGCCAGGAUCCCCUGUGGAAGUGAAGAUACAGUCAAGAUCCUCGCCAUCCAGCAUGCCGCCAUUGCCGCCUGUCAACCCUGGUGGACCUCGGCCUGUCUCAUUUACCCCAGCAGCAUGUAAGGCUGUGGCUUGUUCAGCUUUCUGGGAAAAACAAAAAGCCACCAUGAGUUCUUUCUUUCUAAUGCAGACAUUACAGAAGUGAGGGACUGUUGUUUCAGUCCAGGGGAGGUGAAUUGCUGGGAUAGUACCUAAUUACCUUGACACUUUUGUGGCUUUAUUAGCAGGCAGGUUUCCUGAGAUGCAUAUUAUAUAUAUAGAGAGAGAGAGAGAGGGAGAGGGAGAGAGAUAGAUAGAUAGAUAGAGAUAGAAAUAUAUAGAUAUAUAGAUAUAGAGAUAUAGAGAUAUAGAGAUAUAGAGAUAUAGAGAUAUAGAUAUAGGUUUAAGCUGGGUUUUAAUUUAGGAAGCGAUUUUAAAAAAUGUUUAAUUUCUCGAGAGCAUCAAGUUCUUUGCAUCUGUGUUUUCUGUUCUCAUUAAUAAGAGGUGUGUUUGUCAGCACAUCUGGUGUGUUAACUUUUUAUUUAUUCUCAGAUUCUGGAGUGCUAGGGUUUUCUUAGGUCUCUUAAAUUUUAUUGUGUACUGUACAGGGUGGUACAGAAUGCAGACAUCCUGCAAGGAACAGAAAAAGAGCACUCUGGUCCCGGGAAUGUAAGCUGCCUUCUGCUGGUCAGGUUGAAUGCUCAUCUAGCCCAGUAAUGCUCCCUCUGACUGGCAGCAGCUCUCCAGGGCUGUGGAUGGAAGUCUUUCCCACCACCAGCUCCCCUACCCUCCUCCCUUUAAAAACAAAAACCAGAGGGGCCAGGAAAUUAACAAGGGAUCUUUAACCUGCAAAGCUUAUACAGUACUCCACUACUCAACCCCACUAGAUGUUAUUUCCUAAAAUAUUAAAUAGUUUUUAACACCAUCACCCAGUAUCAAAAGCAAGUAUGUCAACUCCUGAAUUGUGUUCUCAGCAAUUGUGCCUGCAUUUCAAUAUUUCCUAUUUUGUGUAACUUCCUUCCGGUUGAAAUCAGACAGGCCCCCGCCCUGUUGAACUUCUGGCAUGUACUUUUUAAAUCCCUGCUUUUAACUUACUUUAUAGCAGCCUUUCUCAACCUGUGCGUCCCCAGAUGUUGCUGAACUACAACUCCCAUCAUCCCCUAGCUAGCAAGGCCAGAACUCAGGGAUGAUGGGAGUUGUAGUCCAACAACAUCUGGGCACCCACAGGUUGAGAACCGCUGCUUUAUAGCAUUAACUGGUUUUUACCUUUUCUGUAUUUUAUUUAUUGUACAACACUUGGAGACUAUUUGUAGUUAAGUGGUAUAUAAAUUUAUGUAAAAAAGAAGCAUUUUGGGGCUAAACCUCAAAAUAUAAAGCUAACAUAUUCAUUGCUUUUCGCCUUCCCCCUCCCCACUGUAGUACCCAAUGGAAUGAACCAUUCUCCCCCGACGCUGAAUGGAGCACCGUCACCCCCUCAGAGGUUCAGCAAUGGCCCUGCCUCAUCAUCUUCAUCUUCACUGACCAACCAGCAGCUUCCAGCUACCUGUGGGGCCCGUCAGCUCAGCAAACUCAAACGCUUCCUGACCACCCUCCAGCAGUUUGGCAACGACAUUUCACCAGAGAUAGGGGAGAAAGUCCGCACCCUUGUUCUGGCAUUAGUGGUGAGUAUUAGUAAGUCAAAUACAGCAAAGAAAUGAAAAGCAGAAGCUUUGGCGUUUCAUUAUGGUAUCGCAGAAUCAUAGACUUGGAAAGGGAGCAAGCAUGAGGGGCAUCUAGUCCCACCCUCUGCAAUGCAGGAAUCUCAACUCAGGUGCCCAUGACAGAUGGCCAUACAACCCUUGCUUAGAAACUUGCAUUGAAGAAGAGUCCACCACCUUCUGAGGGAAUUCAUUUCACUGUCAAGCAGCUCUUACUGUCAGAAAGUUCUUCCUGAUGUUGAGUCAGAAUCUCCUUUCUUGUAACUUAAGUCCAUUGGUUUGGGUCCUACCCUCUGGAGCAGGAGAAAACAAGCUUGCUCCAUCUUCCAUGUGACAGCCCUUUAUAUAUAUGAAGAAGGCUGUCAUAUCUCCUCUUUUCCAGGCCAAACAUACCCAAAUUCUUCAACCGUUCCUCAUGAGGCUUGGUUUCCAGACCCUUCUGAUCCUGCUCAGACUUUUUCAGUAGGCUUUCUGUAAAUGGCGAAACCUCUUACAAUAUUUGCUCCCCCGUCUAGGAUUAGUGUGCUCCCCCCAAACCUUCAUUGCAUAACUUUUCAGAAAUUGGGGUGUCCAUUUUGUCAUAAUUAAUUGCAGCAUGGUGAAUUAAUAAUUUUCUGAUGCUGUUGAUUUGAGUUCAAACCAGUUUAUAAAAGGAGAAAUAUUUGUGUUUGUGUGUAACAUAUACAUUACAGUCAUACACACAACUGGGGUGCACUUUCAUCUAAUUCUGUCUCAGUGUAAUCUCGAGAAUUCUGUUUACACAUUGCAAGGCUUUUCAUACCCUGAUUAUACAUGGUCAAAAAUGGAUUAAGUGCUAGGAACUGACACGUGACAUUUCACCCAAUUUUCCUGUUUCGGAUUUUUAUUUAUUUACUUUAUAUUUUGGAGGUUGUCUAGCUAGCAUUAGCACUCUACAAUUCCAGAUAACUUCUAAUGACUGGUCACACUUUGAAAAGGUGCAGAAGCAGCUUAUGAAACCGGAGUAGCUAUCUUCUUAAGUAAUCACAAUGCAGUGAUAGAUGUCAGCCCCCCACCCCUGCCUCCUAUAUCUACAUCUCUUUGUAACCCACCUUAAGACUGCAUGGCGAAAGGGGCCUAUAAAUGCAUAUAAGUUAAAUGAAUAAAUUCUUAAUGUAUAAAUUAUGCAUUGAGUGCGAGAAUUUGUAGCUCAUGGUUCUUAGCCAAAUGUGAGAGGAGGCAGAUCAGAUAGGCCUGGACCCUAAGGAAUAUUGGUUCUUUCCACACGGUACAUGCAAAUCCAGAUUCUCAGAGAGAAAAGGCCUUGUAGAAUUUCUGUUGAAUUAGAAUCAAUAACCACGUCAAUCCCCUUUGUCUUUACAGAAUUCUACUGUGACAAUAGAGGAAUUUCACUGCAAACUCCAGGAGGCUACCAAUUUUCCUCUUCGUCCAUUUGUGAUUCCAUUCUUGAAGGUGAUUGCUUAAUACUGUGCAAUGGCUGGUGAGCCAGUAAGAAAAAAAUUCUGUGUGCCACACUAGAGAAAGACUCACCAAGCAAUGAUUUUUGAUAGGAGGAGGAUUCUGACUAUUUGAGAGAAAGUCAUGUCAUGUGUAUGGGGCGUGGGUGGUGCUGUGGGUUAAACCAUAGAGCUUGCUGAUCAGAAGGUUGGCAGUUCGAAUCCCCGCAAUGGGGUGAGCUCCCGUUGCUCGGUCCCUGCUCCUGCCAGCCUAGCAGUUCGAAAGCAUGUCAAAGUGCAAGUAGAUAAAUAGGUACCGCUCCAGCGGGAAGGUAAACGGCGUUUCCGUGCGCUCCUCUGGUUCUCCAGAAGCGUCUUAGUCAUGCUGGCCACAUGACCUGGAAGCUGUACGCUGGCUCCCUCGGCCAAUAAAGCAAGAUGAGCGCUGCAACCCCAGAGUCGGCCACGACUGGACCUAAUGGUCAGGGGUCCCUUUACCUUUACCUUUUACAUGUAAUGUGUAGCCAAAAGUAGUUGCCAAGGAAUGCUCAAGAGCCCCCUUUCUCUACCACCGCAUAACCUCUGACCAUUAAGUGGGUUAUGUGCCUGCUCCUGACCUUCAGUGUUUCAGCUGAUGUGAUGAAAGCAACUGGAUAUUUUUUUUUUUACAAACUUGCUUUCUCUGGAGGGUGUUCUGUACAGUGUGCCUCCGCCCAGGCCCAUGCGUUCCUUCCUUCCUUUUUUAUUUUUAACCAUUGAUCCAGCUGGAUACUUCUACACAGGGAAGCAGGAGGGGGAGCUGAAUUCUGAACUUUGUGAGACCUGGCAAGAAUAGGAAAGAAUCAGCCCUUUCCCCACCUUCUGUUUGAAGGGACUGAAUCUCCCAUUUAUUCAUAGUAGAGUUGCAUGAGAGCUCAUAUCUCCAGAAGACAUUUAUUGUCUGGGACAUGGGAAUAAUAAUAAUAAUAAUAAUAAUAAUAAUAGCAACAACAAUAACAUUAUUAUUAUGAUUAUUAUUAUUAUUACCCCGCCAUCUGGGUGGGUUUCCCCAGCCACUCUGGACGGCUCCCAACAAAAUACUAAAAACACGAUAAAAGAUCAAACAUCAAGCACUGCAAGCUAUAGCCCAGCCUAUCACAGAUAUAGGCACUGCUAGCAAAUUCUACUUUCUUUUGUCUUAUUUGCUCUUCAGGAGGCUCACAGUGAUUCUUGGGGGGGUGGGGUGUCUCUGUGACAAAGGAACCCUGUUUUAACAAGUAGCUUGCUCCUAUGGCUCAUUGGAUGGUCAGCAGCAAGAGGUAUCCCAGCAGCUGAAUAAAUCUAAAUGGCAACCCUAACUUUGUUUUGCAGGCCAACCUUCCCCUUCUGCAGAGGGAGCUGCUGCAUUGUGCUCGGGCAGCCAAACAGACCCCGUCCCAAUACCUGGCCCAGCAUGAGCACAUCUUGCUGAACACAAACACUGCAUCCCCAGCUGACUCUUCAGAGCUGCUGAUGGAAGUGAAUGGAAACGGAAAGAGGCACAGUCCAGACAGGUAGCAGGAGCUGGUUUCAAAACAGACAAAUUUGUCAUUAAAAAAACCUAACAACCUGGCACCUUAUAAGCUGCUUUCUAUUGAAAGUCCCUUUUGUUGUGACCUCUUCAGGCAUCUGGUAGUUCAAGACUUGCCUACGUGUGGCUUUUUUAGGUUGGCUCUGCGAAUGUUUGACUCGUUGUGGCUUUCAGUAUAGCCUGGAUGAUUUAGAAAAAGAGCUUUGGAAUUGGUGCAUCUGUCGUUUUCCGCACUUUUCAGCUUAAUGUCUCUCCCUUCACUAGAGACCCAACAAUGGGAGAGGGAAAUUGCCCUCAUCUUUGUUUGUGGAUCACCAUACCUGCUAUUUGAAAACCCUGACCUGUUUUUGAAUUUCAUGUUCUGUAUCACAUCUAGUUUCUCCCUGUGUGAAAAGGAUACUGGACUAUAGGCCAUUGGAUUGAUCCAGAAGCAUGAUUCUUGUGUACCGUCCGUAUGUGUGAAUUGCUUUCUACUUCAUCUCUUUUCCAGAGUUCACUUCUAUAUAUCUCUUUCCCCAUUAAUUACUGGUUUCACUGCUAGCACAACACAGACUUAUUCACUCUCCUUUUCUGCAUUUGGUUUCUUAGUACUAAUGGAAAAUUUCCUUUCUUGACUUGCUUACAGGAGGGAAGAAAACAGCUUUGAGAGAGAGCCGCUCCCGUCAGAGCCUCCUGCCAAGAGGGUGUGCACCAUUAGUCCAGCCCCUCGCCACAGCCCGGCUCUGAUGUUGCCCGUCAUAAAUCCAGCGGGACAGUUUCAUCCUACUCCACCCCCACUCCAGCAUUACACCCUGGAAGACAUUGCAACGUCCCAUUUGUACAGAGACCCAAGCAAGGCAUUGGAGCAUAGAGAAUUACGAGAUAGACAUGGUAUAGGUAAGGAGUCCCAUGUAUUUUUCAAACGCAUUUCCCUUAGCUGUUAAAGCUACAAAUUCAACGCUUUUUGAAUCUCUGUAGAUUCAGUUCUCGCAUAGCAAAAUCAAUGGCACACAAACCUACACAGCUCCUUCGUUGAUCUGGUAGCCCUCUGGGGUUUUAGAAGCCUGGGCUGUGUUUUUUUGGAGCAGGAGUGGGGCACCUUUUUGGCCUGGCGGUCCAGAUCUUUUAUCUCUUCCUCACCCCUGUGGGCCCACUUUGAUAGGUGGGUGGUGGUGAGGGGAGAUAGUGACCAAGCAGGAUUGAUAGAUGGUUGUGGUUUUGAAGGUGGGGAAAAGAGUCUUACAGACAGAAUUUGACUCCUCGGCAGGGGAUUUUUCCAUGGGCCAGAGGUUCUUCACCCCUGUUAUAGAAUAAUAGCUCUUCUCCCCACCCACCCCACCCCAUAUCUUUGUAUUGCAUCAAACUGUCAAGGCUCUUUUUCUGACGUAGCAUUUUCCUUGCCAUGCAUUACAGGGUUAAAUGGAGGCUAUCAGGAUGAACUCGUGGACCAUCGUCUAACAGAGAGAGAAUGGGCUGAUGAAUGGAAGCAUCUUGAUCAUGUGAGAGACUGGAAUGGGGAAAAAACCCCAAAUAAACCUGGACUGCAGAAAACCUAAUUACCAGGGCAGGCUGUUUAUCCACCUAGCUCAGUAUUGUGUAUUGUGGCUGGAGCAGGGUCUCCAACUGAGAUUCUUCUCAUUUCCUGCUGCCUGUUCCUUGGAACUAGAGAUGCUAUGGAUUGUACCUGGGCCUUUCUGCGUGUAAAGUGUGUGCACUGCCAUGGAGCAGUGGAAAUGUAACAGCAUGUGUGCAUGCAGCAAGUGUGUGUGUGUGUGUGUGUGAGUGAGUGAGAGAGAGAGAGAGAGAGAGAGAGAGAGAAUGUAAUUGUUUAGCCUAGAUGAGCCAGAAUGCGGUAAUCGGGCACAUGCUUUUUACAUACAGGAAGUCCCAGAUUCAGUUCCUGGUGUCUCCAGUAGAAUUUGAUACAAAUAAAUGUACAGAUUGAGAAUCAUGCAAAAGAGUGUCCUGCAGCUAAUUAAGAGCCAGGCUAUGUGACCAGCAUCAUAAUGUGGUACUGGACUGUACCAUUUCAUGUGAUGAAUUGCAUAUUUAAAUGUUUCCAUUAAAAAAAAAUCUCAGUUAUGUAAAAAACUAGCACGUCAAUGACUGUGCUAGACCAGCCCCCUUUCCCAUAAUGCUUGUAUUUUUUUAUAUACAGGAGUUUGGGCUUGAUUUCUUUUUUAAAAAAGAGGGUCACUACAACAUGCAACAUCACAGUUUGAAACCAUUUACUGCAGCAAAACCAAAAAACCUUCGCCCUGUUAAUUUUGAUACUGUAGUUUUGCCCCUGAGUUUCUUUUUCUUAAAGUUGCAGGAGGAAAUACAUUUUCUAACAGCUUCUUCAAACGCUGUUCUUUCCUCUCUCUGGAAGGCAUUGAAUUGCAUCAUGGAAAUGGUCGAGAAGACCAGGCGCUCUAUGGCUGUUCUCCGCCGUUGUCAGGAGGCUGAUAGAGAAGAGCUCAACUAUUGGAAGAGGCGAUGCAGUGAAACCACAGAGCCACGGAAAGGAGGGAAUGACUUGAUCACAAGGCAACAUAGCCCAGGGAGUUCAGACUCCAUUAACAGUGGUAAGCUAUGGAACUCUGCAUGUUCCAUAUGUGUUAUGAAGUGGAAUAACAUUUAACAACCAUUUUCAGAAAGUGGCUGUGUAUUAUUAGUGUGCCAGAAGACCAAAGUAUUAGAUUGUCCCCAUUCUUUUCAACGGGCUCCUUUGCUUUUGCAGCUUAGUCUGUAAUCUUCAACACACAAAUUACUUAUACACAAAUUAAUUAAGUACAAUGCACCUUACUUCUGAGUUAAAUUCUGCACAAAAAUAGAACUAUCUGAAAUUGAGCAAGCUGUGCCUUCCCUGCCUCUGUGUGCCUUGGGUAUUCAGAAGUUUGAACCUGAAUGGAUGUCAAGUAGAGUUGUAUGCAAAAGAAACAAAAAAGGAAUAAAUAGAAAUCAUGUAUUUCUUUUAUUUGUGAAAUCCUUGUCUUUUGCUGCUGCUUCUAGCAUUUUAAGUGUAAAAAUGCAAUGCAGUCUUUCUCACUGAAUCUGUCUCUCCCCCCCCCCACUACACUACAUUGCAAUGAAAUCAAUUAAGACUCCCAUUAUACUGUUAGUGACUUUCCUUAUUAGAAAUUCACAUGUAAAAUGGGGACAGCAUGGGACAGGAUGCUUACCACACAUUAAUAUUUAACCUGUGGCAUGCAUCUAGGUUAUGGGUAGUAGGCAAACUAAGGCCCGGGGGCUGGAUCUGGCCCAAUCGCCUUCUAAAUCCGUCCUACGGACAGUCUGGGAAUCAGCAUGUAUUUACAUGAGUAGAAUGUGUGCUUUUAUUUAAAAUGCAUCUCUGGGUUAUUUGUGGGGCCUUUCUGGUGUUUUUACUUGAGUAAAAAGUGUGCUUUUAUUUAAAAUGUACCUCUGGGUUAUUUGUGGGGCAUAGGAAUUCAUUCAUUCCCCUCCCCCCCCAAAAAAAAUAUAGUCCGGCCUCUCACAAGGUCUGAGGGACAGUGGACCAGCCCCCUGCUGAAAAAGUUUGCUGAUCCCUGAUCUAGGUGGAGGAUUUGUCUUGAUAACUAUCUUCUGAAAUUCUGGGGUGGAUAGGAUAGUGUCAAAAGCAAGCCUAUUGCAGGGAGACAGGAUUAAUAAAUCAAUUGAUACAAGUUACGAAUAAAUAUAGACCAUGUAAAUUCUUUCUCCUCGACACACUUCCCCAGUCAAUAUCUCUCAGUCUCCUGGCUCUCACUCAAGACCCAAACAAACUCACAAACCUCCCCAGAAUCUCACAACAAAGAAGGUUCCUGCCACCAGCUGGCAUCACCCUAGUCUCUCACCUCUAGGCUUGCUUUCAUGGGCAGCACCAAGGUGGACAGAGCUUCCUCAGGCUGUUCACAGCUGUGUCCCAUUCAGCUGUCAAUCAGCUGGGCUGCACACACCCAGUUCCAGGUUUCAGCAGAUUUAUUUUGGUGAUUUUCCCAAGGAGUUCCAAAGAUGGCAAUCCCUCCAUUCGCAGUUCUUUCUCUGUGGCCUCUGCCUACCUCUCCCCUACCAGCUGCUUUCAUGAUGCUACACCUUGUACAAAACCAGCUACAUAAUGCUUCUAAAUCCUUACCGAUGCAGCAACCAUUGACUCUGAUUUCAAAACAAUGAUGCCAGAUGGAAAUGAAAGUGCUGUAGUUUUUGCCACAAGUCCUUUUUUCUUUGCAUGUCCUGUCUUUUUUGGAUUGUGAACCUGUGGGCAGGGAACAGUAAAAAGAUCUUGGUAAUGAUUUUUGUAUUCCACCAUAUCCUGGUGAUAUGACAGGGGAGGCAUUUCUAUAUCUCUUCCUCAUAACAAAGUAUAUGAAUGUUACUUUGUAGUAGAGGGUGCAUGCAAAACCAUGCAUUAAACAGAAUGUUGAGCCAGGGUACUUUAUCUGCCAUCUCAAAUGCUUUAAUUAUGGAUUGGGGGCUGGAGAAGUUCCAAUGGCAACUGGAACGAGGAAGUGUGCUUGCAAAAUAACCAACCUCUUACAUAACCCAUCAAAACUUGGCUUAGUGGAGGUAGGCUCUUCAGAUAUAGAUAGAAGAUUCCAAGUAUGGAAUAGCACUCUUGAGUGGUGAAUGCUGGAGGAAGGGGGAAGCCCCAAAAACUUCAUGUCGUGCCUUAGACUUUUACUUGGAUGAUUGCAACUGGAGAUGCUGGCUUGUAACCUUGACUCAAGCAUGAGGGACACUUGGACAUAAUUUGGCUGAUCUCAUGCAUAAAGGAUGCAGCAUAACAAAAUAAACCACUGAAGAAGGCUUGAAAGCUGAACAUGUAUGGUAUUGAUAUUUCAGUCAUCCAGAAAAUCUGGUUGAUGGACAUUAAGAACAUCCUGUGAUAAAGAAUAGCAUUUUUAAUAAUAAUAAUAAUAAUAAUAAUAAUAAUAAUAAUUAAUAAAAAAUACCCACCCCGCCUAUCUGGCUGGGUUUCCCCAGCCACUCUGGGUGGCUUCCAACAAAAUAUUAAAAUACAAUAGUCUGUCAAACAUUAAAAGCUUCCCUAAACAGGGCUGCCUUCGGAUGAAGUAUAACCCAUGCAAUGUAGAGUUUCUUAUAUGGUUAUAUGUUUUGGAGAUAUAGGUUCUGUUUAUAGAUUUUUCUUUUUUAGUUAUUGUAGCACAUAGCUUUUAUAUUUGGUAUUUCUAAAUUCUAAAUUCAGUUUUCUAAAUUUGUGUAUUUGUAUAUGCCUUUUUAGUUCAGGGUUAUACUCCGUUUUUGGUAAUAAAAUGUUAGGCAACACAUCUAUUAGAUUUUGUGCUUAUAUAGACUGAUUAUUAAGUUCAUUUAUGUUGGUUACCCUCUAUUUUUUUAUUUUACAUUGACAAGACUCACUUAGGUUCAUUAAUUUCAGUUACAUCCACUUUGAGUAAAAAGUAAGUUGAAUUCAACAAAGGAGCACUCUGUAAUGAAUACUGCAGUACGUCUGUAAGUGAGCUACAUUUAUGGGGAGGGGGCAAGAUGAGAAUGGAGACUUACUUCUGGGUUGAGAAAUGCUGUAUCCUCUGGUUUUCCCCAUCUGGCGCAUAAGGUUACCCUUACAUCAGGUUGUCAGAAAUGCAUUGCUUUCAGUCUGAAGGUAUGCAGCAUCUCAUCUAACUAUGCAACUGAAGACAGUGAGAAUGUAAUGUAUGUGAGAAAAAUUUUCACUGUUAAUCCUCCUUGAUUUCUGUGUAGCACUGUGUAUCUUUGAGUUCCUGUUCUCAAAGGACUCCUUAAAAUAUAGCGUGUGCUCCAGUGGCCUGAAAUCCUUGGGAAUACAAGGCGCGCUGUAAAAACGUGAGACGCCAUUAGCAAGGAUUAAUGCUCAUUACAGUAGGGCAAAACCGAUGCUUGACAAGACAUAUUUAUAAGUGUGUAGCCUGUGAUGACAGAGUAUUAAAAGAUGGAAAUUGGCUUCGCUGUCCAAUAAAUUAUGCAGAACACUAAAUUAAAAGUGGCCAUUUAUCAUUUUGCCUUUUGGUGAACACUGUUAAACUGCAGAAGUCUCUUGGCUUGGUCUUUAGCGAUUAAUCCUACCCUGUUCUCUUCAUGCUACUUCUUGCUGAACAGAUGCAGCCUAUCAAUUCUUAGAGUUUGGGUGGGAGAAUAUUUCUGUGUCUAAUACUGUCGACACCACCCUUCCUUCUACAGAUUCUCAGCGGGAGUUCAGCGGCAGGUCAGGAGCAGCCGGUUAUGUCACCGAAGAGAUAUGGAAAAAGGCUGGUAAGUAAGGAGGCCCCCUUCAGAGAAGUGCCACACAGAGAAGCUGUGGAAUGUUACAAGAGAUUACGCACCACAGGUUGGCUGGGGAAAGGCCUCAUAAAUAUGCUGCUGUCUCACUGCCUAGAGAGUGAUAAUGGCCAGAGCCAACCAGGGCCUCCAGCAGAUGGACCCAUCUGGACCCAUCACUGCUUGUCCAUUUGACCUAGGGAUUUGAGCCAGCCAGCCAGGCAGGGCUGGCACCUUCCCCAGACAGAGUGGGGGGAGAAGGGGUGCCUGAGCCUCUUUUCCUUGGAGGUAGCUGAUAGAGAGUCCCACAUGUGCCACUGCUCCUUGCAUGUUUAAUCUGGGGGUUGUCUGGGUAAAUGGCGGUAAUGACAAUGUUCACUUGGUUUUUCAGUUUGCCUUUCUGGCAGAAGCUGGAAGAGGGCAUAGCAGAACGAAAGGAAGGGAAUUUUGUGCUGCUCCUUGAGACAAAAUAGGGCAAAGGAGAAGGCAGAGGGAAAGGAAUCCCAUUUUAUGUUAAGGGAAUACUUUUCUAUAUCCCUUUAAAAAAAAUCAUAGGAGUGUUUCUGUUAACAACACACCACAACUGCAAGCAAAUGUUUCAAGAAUACUUUUAAAAACAGUUUCCAAAGCAGUCUGCUAAUUUUGAAAAGAUGGUGAUUUUCAAAUUCUUUUUAGCAUUACAAACUGUUUUAAAACUGGCAAGAUCAAGUAAGCAAGCUAAAAGACAUGUCGUCCCUCUGUUUAUGUAGAGUUUGGCUUCUAAGGUAGACAACCUUCCACUUCCUCUUCUCUGGGGAAAAAUAUUGAAAAGUGUGUCUGUGUUAGUAUGUUUUUAAUAGUUAAAAAGAUAGUUCCAUAGGGAAAACACUAUGGAAAUAUAGGUCCUACACAUAGGUCACACUGUAAAUUCAUUGGCAUAAGCAUACCUAGUUCUAUUGGACUUUGGCCAUUGUCUUUCAUUAUCAAUUUUAAAAGGAUAACACUACUAAAAAUGGGGUUCAUCUUGGGGUUCUGAACAAUGUUUGAAGGUUUGCUUUAAGUAGAGGCUGGAUGAAACCAUUUGCUUCAUUCUGUGUUAAUUUUUGUGUAUGUUGAAAAGUACCUCCUGACUUCUCUGCGACCUUCUGAGUCUCCUACAAAUUUGCAUUGUUUGAUACUGUUCUUUUUAGUGCUUCCCUUUCGUGCCCCCUCCCUUCUUUCAUUGGCUUCUGCUUCAUUUGCUGACACUGCCAUUUAAUCCAAUUCUCUGUUGAUGAUGCUGAUGCAGCAAAACCACCCUUAAUGUGGUGUCAUGGGUGCUCGUAAACAGAAUCACAAGGGUCUCUGUAGCCAGUAGAAUUAAAUUGCUGGAUGGGCCAACAAGCGAGGUCAAGGACAGUAAAGGAGUGAAAUGGCACCAGGAAAAGAGACUGCAUUCAUUUUCAAGGCUAGAGUUUCUCCUGCCUUGCUUAGUUUACUCAAAUAGCAUCCCUAACUUUCUGUAUGGACUGCCAACUUUGUUAAAAGGGUAACUAUCUCAAUGCGUUUAGUUGGAUUUGUAGUUUGCUCAGUUCCAGAGGCUCAAGGUAACCCAAAGCAUGCUGAAUUCUUUGGAUACAAAUGUGAUCAAAAAGUCUGCUGCUGCUGCUCCUAUGUGAUGCAGUAGAGGGCAUAAGAAAUCAGAGUAUGGCCAUCAAUUUAGUAGUAUUGUCAUAAGUUAGGCUAAAGUGCUAUGCAAAAGCUUCACUUUCUUAACUCCUAUGACCACUGGGUACUUCCAUGCUAUAUACUUUGCCUUCCAAUGUGAAGCCGUUUGAUGAGGCUUUUGUUUCCCUUCAGAAGAAGCUGUGAAUGAAGUGAAGCGCCAGGCCAUGUCUGAAGUCCAAAAAGCUGUAGCAGAGGCUGAGCAGAAGGCAUUUGAAAUGAUUGCAUCUGAGAGAGCCCGCAUGGAGCAGACCAUUGCCGAUGCAAAACGCCAGGCUACAGAAGACGCUUUCCUAGUCAUCAAUGAGCAGGAGGAGUCUACAGAGGUGAGAAGCCAAGGGAGUAUCUCUGGCAAUCAUGGAAAAAGUCCCAAGGCAAGAACUUUAAAGAUGACAUUCAAUCCUUCCAGAUUCAUCCUUGUUUUUCAUUCUGAUUAAUCUGAUUGGAGCAAAAAAUCUAAAGCCAGUUAGAGUUUUGAGAAACUUCUGUCCAACAAGCAACUAAUUCAGAUUCAUUGGUGCUGCCAUUGAAUCUCCACUGUCAUUUUCAGUGACUGCAUGAGGCUUUGAGAUUGCCCCCCCCCCCCGCCACACACCUUGCUGUCCCCCAUUGUUUGGGAACAGUUACAGUGAGGACAAUGUCAGCAAUUAUAUUGGAGAGGCCAUCUGUUGGAUUUGCAGGGUGUUGGCAGUCAGUGAAAUGCAGGUGAAUGAAAGCAAAUUUAGGAGAUGCUUUGUCACGGCAGAAUUCCCUUCUCCCAGUUGCUUUUCUGCCAUGUUGCUUAGUUGUGGCAGGCAAAGUUAUUGUGUGGCUCUGCUCAACUUCCAGGUUGGAACCCCCUUGCCUUGGGAAGAUCUUCCACAUGCUGGAUGGGCUUUCAGAAAAACCUUGCUUCUUACAAUUAACCCAUUUAAACCUAUUGUGCGGCUAAUUUGUUGCAGGCUUCUUACGACGUGGUGCUGUUCUCUUAAUGGUGCGGGUGGUAGGACUUGCAUGGAUUGCUAUGAAUCUCUGCAUUAUAGAAAUGUCGGUCGAUAGCACUUUUUUAGGGGGUGGGGUACCGUUUGUUACCUUCCUCUGAUGGCUUCAGUUGGGAUGGGCAAUAGUCAGCCUCGUUCGGAGCUGUGCUUAAGAGAAAUGCUUGUUCUUUGGUUUUCCAGAGCUGCUGGAACUGUGGGCGCAAAGCCAGCGAGACCUGUAGCGGCUGCAACAUUGCCCGCUACUGUGGCUCCUUCUGCCAGCACAAAGAUUGGGAGAGGCACCACCGAAUCUGUGGGCAGGGCUUACACAGCCAAGUCAAACCAGCCCCUAUACCAGCAGGCCGAUCCGCAGCCGCAGCCGCCACCCUCAAAGCAGUCGAUGUGGUAGCAAGUCCGGCUCUAGAGAAAACGUCGGCCGCCACUUCUCGAUCCUCCACCCCAGCCUCCGUGACAGCAAUAGACAGUAAUGCACUCUAA